GGCAGCGGAGUUGUGAAUGUCAGCUCAUUCAUCUACAUCAAGCGCACAAACCUGCAGCCAAGGUGAACCGCUUCUCCCUUACGAGCGUCUCUUUCAGGAGAGGGAGAGGGAGAUAGAAAGAGAGAGAGAGAGAGAGAAAGAGAGAGAAAACUUCGCAUUCUUCAUCCUCUGCGCCUUGGACCAAUCUCCUCUCGUUUUAUUCGUCUUUUCCUGCCUUUUUUACUCCCCCCUCCUCAUCUCGUCCCUCCCCCCUGCAGCGAGAGUCUCCCUGCUUGUGUUGUAAGCGCGCGGUAUAAAGCGGAAAGCCCCGCCGUUCGCUUCACAUCGUAGCACUCCGACCGCUGCGCGCGCCAGCUAUCAGACAAUCAGGACCUGAAGCUGCUCUCAGCUAUGACCCCGCUGUUCCCUCUACCUGGAUUAACUCUCUGCUAACCGCUGUUUGUCGCCCCUCCCUCCUCUCACUCCAGCAGUACCCGCAGCAGCAGCAGCAGCCGUCUCCGCUCCGGCUCCUCAGUCCUGCCCCCCAGACUCAAACUCUUUACUCUGUUCUGCGGUCAUGGGGUGCGUUGUGUCCGUUUUUCCUUGGCUGUUGAGGGGCUUGAGCGCGUUGUGAGCCGGAUACCAGGUGGAUUUAUGGUCCGCAAAGCCGCGACUACCAGCCGAGGGAAAUUGUUGGAACUUUGAGCUCCGGGAGGAUGCAGGUGACGUGUUGGUGCGCCGUGUUCCUCCUGACGCCUGCACUUUACCUGGUGAGUUGGAUGCUUGCGCUCAGCCUAUACGUGUAGUUCAACUUUUUACGCUUCACGCUGCUCCCACAAAAAGUCUACAAGCGUUUUCUGCUCGUAUUUUCCCUCCCUGAGAGGACUUCUCUGGGUUUAAACAUGCGCUUUUCCCAAAUGCGUUUGCUCUGCAGCUCUUAGCUUAUUUCACAGUGUGGCUCAUGAAUACAACAUUUGGUGUGUUCAGCGGGGAGCCAAACUUUAUCUUCACGCUUUUUUAAUUGUUUUGAUGCAGGAAUCUGCACCAGGCUGGCCUUUUCAGUGCGCGUUAACGCUGUGCGUAAAAAGGCGCUUGCUUGGUUAGCUGUGGAAUGUGCCUUUACGCGCAGGGAAAAUGUGGAAAAAUGCCUUAUACUUGGAAGUAAACCUUUUUUAGACUAUUUAAAGUCUGAUAUUUGAGUAAAAAGGAAAUUUGAUGCCUCAAACAACGAUGUCACACCGGCACAAGUGGUGGAAUCGUCUCACGGGGGCGCCAUAACAAACCAAACCAAACCAAAGUCUAUGUAGAGUCGGGCUGCAUGGACAGCAGGGAACGCACUCCACAGCGGGGUUACGAUAGAAAAAAAAUGUGACAGGGAGCAGUCUGAGCUUUAUAUGACUGUUUUAUGAUGAUUAGAGUGUAAAAGAAAACAUCUGAUGUGAGUUUUCGGGUGAAAUUCUGCUGCCAGUGUUUAAAACGAGUCAAACUUGAAAAUGAACGACCAAGACAGAGACUGAACCUUCAUUUACAACCAAACUAAAUGUAUUCAUAGUUCUUUAACAUUAAUAAAUAUGUUUAAUUCAUAAGUUUGUUUUUGCUUUAAGUGUGGUCUUAGAAGCGACACACCGUGGGAUGAUGCGUGUUUUUUUUUCUUUUCUUCACACACUGUUAAGAUGGUUUUACGCAACAAAAAGUCCUUUAUAUUCCGCAUUCUCUCUCUCCAACAGUAACAGGCAAACUCGAUAAGAAAAACAAAGAUACAUCUUGUCUGAUUUGCAAUGAAACUGAAAAAUACGGACAAACAGGCCUAACGACAGAGGAAGUCUCGGUUAUGUUCCUCUUUAAUGCGACCUAAAAGAUCUUUUAAAAUCACAUUUUACUUUAUUUUUUGCAGAGUUUACAAACCCUAUUAAUUCUACUAAUUAACAUAUAUUUAUUCAACCUCUACUGAUGGAUUUUAGCCCAACAGGUGUAACCAACCAGAGAUUUGUGCGCCUUUGACAACUGUGCCAAAUGUGGAAAAUACACACACACACACGCACACGUAUUUUAACAACUUUUCUCAGUUUAAACACUAACGUGUGUUUAUUAUUUGUAACUGUAUCUGCAGAGUUUGUUAGUGUGUGUGACUUGGAUCUCUGUAGAAAUUCACCCCUGGAGAGAAACACACAGCUGGAGGACUGUGGAACUGUCCACGGUGCUGAAAGUCUUAAAACGGCCUUCACACUUUCCCGGUAAAUUCUAAUAGCAAACGAUGUUUCGCGGAGAUAAACGGGACAAACGGGCCUCUAAUUAAAUAUAUUUUAUCAGAAAUUAUCUUCUGUAAUGGAAAUUUUGUGGCACAAUUUAUAUUAUUUCACCUUUCUUUGGCAGCACCCUCUGCUUUUGACAUUUUUGCUUUCGAAGUCUAGAUUUUGGCCCUUCUGAAAUAAUUCUCUUGAUGUCUCUUAAGCGUUAAAUCACUUAGCUUAAUUCCAUUUUUAGACACCAGACAUUAAUUUAAAUUUCUUGCUGUCGAGGAAAUGUUUUUUUUUUCUUCUUUUUUUAAUCUAGCAGCGCACUGGUGGUGAAAAUCCUCCCUGAUUCUCUUUUAAAUCCUGUCUGUCCUCCGUGGUGUCUGAGUUGAAUUGUUCAGUAGUAAAAGGGAAAAAAAGGCUCGCACAAAGAAGCUAUCCCGCCCAGAGUAAACGGAGCUUAUUGUGCAGCCCGUUAACAGGAAGCCUUAUCCACGGCGGCAGGGAUUAGAGCUGAACUUUGAUGGUUUUAUUUCGUGUUAAAGGCUCUUGUCUCCGCUUAAGCCUCUUGUCUGCGAGCCGCGCCUUGACCCCGAUAACGGCAGCAGGCAGAGGAGAGCGCAGGUAGACAGCAGGGCAGCCUAUAUAACACACAGCCAGCACCUAUGGGUCCAAUAUUUAAUUAACACGCCUGCUAUUAUUCCUGGGCUGCAAAAACCCAUCUGGGAUCGUCAUCAUUUCAAUGUAUGCUUCAUUUUAAUAGAGGUCUUUCUAUUAAUUCAGAUGACUUUGCAUGGAUAUCAAGAGGAAGGUGUUGUCUUUAAUUCAGCAUUUCUUUACAAAGCCUCCAAACACUGUUUAUCCACUUAAAAUAACAUAACAUUUCCUAUUUCAUGUUUUUACUUUGGAAGGUUUUCUCCUGUCAAGGUUCACAGAAAAAAAUUAUUACGACAACAUGUUUUUCAUUUUGUGUCCUCAGAUGAAAAUCCUUCGAUGUCAUUUUUGUGCAGAAAGAGGGGAGAGUUUUUUUGUUUUUGUUUUGUAAUCACUUAUAAAAAAAUCUUGAUCCUGAAUAUUUCUGGUUGAACUCUGUUUGUCUCUCUUUUCUUUAGUACACUUCUGAAUACUGACAGUAAAACUGUCGAAUUAGCCACUUUAGUGAGUUAUUCCUCAUGCUGCUUUUUUAAUAUUUUCACGCUUUAGUUAUUCUUUAUCUUAAGAUUUUAUUCAAGUAGAUUUUCAUUCUCCUCCUCCUUGUUUUAGUCUGGUUACACAUCUUUAGAAAAGGGGUACAACGGGCAAAUUCUCCACUUCUACACAGCUCGUCUUUUCCAAUCUCCCCUUAAUUCUUGAUGUUGUUGUUUAUAUAUUGUGAUGCCAGAGUGUCUCUUUGUCUUUACAUUUUAUUCCAUCAGUUCUGCCUCCUCCUGCAGUCACAGAUUUGGGCUCAGACUGCAGGAGGAUUUGGGGAUUUGAGCCGUGUUGACUCUGUUGGCAGCACUUUUUAGAAACCUGGCAGACAAGGUUUUCACUGGGCCUCGGUGCAGCAUUGUGACUGGAGUCUGACGUCGAGGUCUGUGUGGUUUCCACGCUCCCACCCUCACCCCCUCCCUCCUUCCAUCCCUCCCUCCUCUCCUCUCCUCUCUCCUCUCCCCUGGGAGCAGCAGACGCGGUGGUCCCACUGGCAGCAGUCGUAGCAGUCACAUUAAGGUGUUAUUAUCAAACGCUGCAAAUGGGGCCUGCAGAGUCAAGCAGUGUGCACACUGGGGAGGGAAGAAAGUCCCACUGAGAUCACUACAGCACAGCUCACACAGUGUGAAACCUCCACCCUUCCACCUACCUCCACCUUCUGUCCCCUGUCGACUCCACCUCCUCUUCAGCGGAGGGCCUCUAAAUUAAACCGCCUGACAAAAAUACAUUUUUUUCAUUGAGAUGUUUGAAGCUGAAAUCAAGAGCGGGCCAGAAUUAAUUCAAUUAUUUAGCAAAGGAAUUUGCUCAAAUGCCCACAUGCUGCGCGACUGAACACACACACACACAUGGAUACAGGCAGCUGCAGGCACUCGGACUCAGUGCAUUGUGUGGCCAUCAAGUGGGAGCCGUGCAGAGAGUGGUGUGUUAUGUUUCUUCAGUGCAGAUGUCGACUAUAAGUGAACAUUUCUCUCAGCUCCUUGUUCAACCUUUGUGCUACUUAGCUUUUAAAGCAGCAUGGAGGCGUCACUUUGGAGCAUUUCAGGCCCGGCUGCUGGAGAGAGGCUGAGCACAAAAGGGCUGAGAGUUCAGACUCGGAGAACAACGCUGAAAUUCCCUCACUGCACCGCCGCCGUCUUCCUGGCUUCAGCUCAGCCCAGAUAUCGGCUCUGUAACAGUCAGACGCUCUCACUCUGGGACUUGCUGCCUCUCAGGAUGCUCACAGGUGCAGAAAAUUCUUUCAUACAUGCCUGGAGGUUCUCCAAAUCCAGAGCCAGGGUUAUUUGAGCGCUUAAAAUUGGUUUUUAGACACUCAGAAAGAGGCUGGGAUAGAGCUCAAAGUGCUUUGUCCUGUUGUGUCUGAGGUUCCUGGUGUUAUUGUCGAGACUGAUGGUCAGAAGUGUGUUUAGGGUCAUUCAGGUGCUUUUUUGAAUCUUUGAGAGGAUUCCAGGUGUGAAAAGGUGCUGAUUAAGAGUCCUUGAGAGUAUUUGAUGUGAACUCUAAGACCUGGAGGAUUUCUCAGGUCUCCUUUGGUUAAAUGAUCACAUGUUGAGAAGGUUUAAAUUACCACCUCAAAUCAAAGUCUGAUUAAAAUAAUUAUUACCCUCUUUUAGACACUAAAGGUUUGACAUAUCUAUGCUCUGGCCACUUGACAUAGAGUGACCACUAAUAUUUAAUUUAGAGGUUGUAAUCAGUGUUGCCACAUUUACUUUUAAAAAGUAAUUCGAUUAUUGAUUACGGAUUACUCCCUUAAAAAGAAACUCAGUUACUUUACUGAUUACUUGAUUUUAAAAGUAACUUAGUUAACAAGUUACUUUUUAAGUUACAUUCAGUAGCCUCAACAUUUAAAUGACAACCAUUUAUCUUUCCAACACUCACUUUAUUGGAAGUGUAAUUUUAACAGGAAUGUCAACAAAUACAUGUUUUUUUUUUUAUUAUUUCUGAACUGAAGAUAGUCUUUCUUGACUGACAAAACAUCAACAAUUUUUGUUUAUAAAAUAUAAAACAAAGACAGUCUUUAAAGUAGAGGGUGUAGUUUCAGCUUGAGAACGCGCAUCUCUCUCCUCCCUCCAUUGUUGUUUAUGUUCGUUUUGCUGCGACUGCUUUUCAUGUCUGCAUAUGUAUUACACUUGAGUGGUUCUCAUGUAAAAAAUUUGACUUGUUGCCUACAUGACUGAUGUCACUCCCCCCAGAUAAACAUUUUUCUAUAAGGAAAAUGGGAAAAAAGUAACACACACAGUUACUUGGACAUGUAACCUGAAUCUAAUUACUGGUUUGAAAAUAGCAACACAUUGAAUUACUUGUUCCAGAAAAAAGAGGACUUAUGUCACUCGCAUUACUGGUUGUAAUAGCUCGUGCAGUUACCCAGGUGACCAGUAGGAGUCACUGUAGUUUAGUGAAAAUGACAUAAGCUCUCGCUAGCUUCACAUACGCAAACAGAUUAGUUUGGUUUUGGAGUAACAGCCUUAGAAAUGAGUGCAUUUAACACUUUGUUUGCAAAAGGUAAACAUUUGUAUGCUUUUUACCUGAAACCAGGGCAACACGGUUACACAAGGCUGCCUAUUUUGAACCCUUAAACCCUCGAGAAAGACUAUUUAAAAUAAUGUGCAUACUACAAAUAGAUACAAGAGUGCAACAUUCGUGACAUGUGCUUAAAGCUCCUGUAAGAAACUUUCUGUUCGUGUAGAUUUUGGCACCCCCUGUGGACAGAGUGAUACUUGUUAAACCUUUGUAGAUCUUGCUCCUGUCUUGCUGGGUUAUGUUUCACAAUAAAAUGGCAUCCAUUAUGAAUCCUUGAAUAAGAGAAAUGUUUUCUUCCUGGUGUUGUGACAUCAGACACCUUUCACCUCGCCCUUUUGACCAACAAUUAAAGUCACGCUGCAGUAAUUGUCCGUUUUUCCUCUCAUGCUUUAGUUUGCUUUUGAAGUUAUAAAGGAGCAUGGCUGUAAAUAUAAGUGGUUUUCAUCACUGUUUAAAAACUCCUCACUGAAGCUUUGAAGAGGAUUUCACUUAUGUUUAAGAAACAACCAGAAUAGGGAUUACUUAUCCAUUAAGUAUUUGGUGUGCAGCUGACCACUCAGAAAGAAAAAACAAAAAAAGCAGUUUCAACUUACCAAAUAAUAUCUUUAAACCUUUAACUUAAAAAGGAGAACAAUUUCAUGGUUGUAAUUUACUUACAGGGGUAUCAUAAAUGUUAACUAUGUUAUUGAUUUCCAGUCAAGUAAUUUGGAUUUGAGUCACCUAAAGGUUUUAUAAAGUAGCUCUGUUUAUGUACAUUGAUUUUUAUAAAUGUUGGUAUUUCCUCAGCAGUUUGAUUUAGCUCCGUAUUUCUCGAAGGAGGUCUGAUUAUUUUUUAAGGGAUCAGUAAAGGUCACUCAUUUAACAUCCUGCAACAACUCAUGCAAUAAAUCUUUAUAAAUCAUAUUUCAUUAAAGGUACGAUGUCCUCAGGAUUAAACCCCUGUGCUGUCUUCGCUACACUGGCUUCCAGUUUGUUUUAGAAUUGACUUUAAACUUUUAUUAUUUACUUUUUAUGCCAUAAAUGGCCUGGCCCCCUCCUACCUGUCAGAGAUUUUAACUGUUCGCGAUCAUGGCAGGGCCCUCCGUUCCUCCGGUCAGCGCCUGUUGGAGGUCCCGAGGUCAAAACUCAAACAGUGGGGUGAUCGUUCUUUUGCUGUUGCAGCUCCUAGGCUGUGGAACAGACUGCCGCUAGAUGUACGCACCACCACUGACCUCAGUUUAUUUAAAUCAAAGUUAAAGACGCACCUUUUUAGACUUGCUUUUAACUCUGACUAGGUAGUCCUGUACUUAUAGGUUUUUAGCACUUCUACAUGCUAUUUUAUUGUAUUAUUUUAUUCUCAUAUUCAUUUUUAUUAUUUCAUCGUUCUUGUAUUAUUCUAUUCUAUUGUAUUAUUUUAUAAUGGUAUUUUUUCUUGUGUUAUUUUAUUGCUUUUAUGUAAAGCACUUUGGGUACCAUUUGGGAUAUUGUAAAGUGCUAUAUAAAUAAAAUUUGAUUGAUUGAUUGAUUGAAACUAACUGUCCAACUUGUGUCCCAAAAUCGUCAAUAUUCAGUUUACUCUGAUUUGACAAAUGAAGCUAAAUCAUCAAUAAAACUUUAGGAAUUGGGGCUGAUAGUUUUAGUCAUUUCUGCUUAAAAAUAUUAACAUGACAAAAAUAUUACAAUUCAUCAAAGUAUUAUUCUUAGGAUUGGUUUCUUUCUAACCUGAGUGAUCAGUCACUUUUAUAUCAGUAGGCAUCAGAAAAACAUUUCUGUGGACCAAUAAAUGUGCACAGAAAUCCACAAAUAGAUUACAGACCUACAAGGGCUUGAAAGCCCCAGUAACUGAAUGCUAUUGUAAAUAGUCAUAAAAAGCACUCAUGUUAAUGCAGAAAUGAAGUGAACAAAGCCUUUAUAUUAGAAAAACAUGGCCGACAUUUUACUGCAAUAAAACUCAAUAAGCAAUAAAAUAAAAGAAGUGGAAGGAAAUCAGAAUCUGAAUAAAUGAACUCACUUUCUUUGAAAUAGAAGAUCAAGUUAAUAGAAAUAGAGGUCUCUCAUGUUCAGCUGACCUUUGACCUUGGCUCAGACUGCUGCUGUGUACCUCCUCAGACAGAUUGAUGCUUCACAGCUCAAGCUCAGACACAUGAAGGUGACUCGCUCCGGUUGUGGUGUGUUUUCUCCGUCUGGUGAACUGUGACCUUAGUGAUCCUCCCUGUGCGUCUCGGGGUGUCUGAUCUGAGCACAGCCUACCCCAGGGGGGGGCGGUGAGGUAGAAAGGUGGGGGGUGGUGGCGGCUGUUGGCUCUCACAAAACAACACUUGACCUUGGUGCACAACCAUAAAGUCAAUGAUAAUAACACCUACUGCGGCGUCUGUGGUGUCUGCUUAUUUUCCCUCUCUGCAUGCAUCAUUGAGAGGAGGGCUGCUCAGCUGCAGAGGGGGGCCAAUGAGGGGACUCUGCCUCAGAUUUGCAGCUUUGAUGGUGUAAAAUUACAGAGGAAUCACACUUGAAUGAUGCCAGUGCAACCCUCCAUGCCGACUCUGCAGCAUGAGUUUCGUCGGAGUGUGUUUGUGUGUGUGUUUGGACGGUGUGUCGGAGGCAGUCUGUGAUUAAUGACCGCAGCCUCUAUCCUCUCCUGCACGCACUGCUCCAGAUUUUCAAUCGCAUCCACAGUUCAGAGGUCAGAGCUGGGGCUGAUGGUUGAAGGGCGUUGUUCUCUGAGAAUCUCGCCUGGCUUGCGACCCAGGUUUGAUCCUGAGGGGAUCUUAACCCUGCGUCCUCGUCUUGCCUCUCAGCAUGGAGCAAUCGGUUUAUGGCGAAGCGUGUGGUACCUUGAUAGCAGCACUUUGAAGCGGUCCAGGGAGAGGAGUGUCUCUGAAGGCAGGAAGCGAUUAGAUAACCUCAUCCAACCUGCUUUACAUCCUCAGGUGAUGUGUGUGCAUGAGCGGACCUCUCACACACUCCCUGAUAUCUACAUUCAAAUGACACAUUUCCUUUUUAAAGGCGCUGAAACAGAUCUCUUCUGUCUCCUUUUCUUUUUUUAUUUUAAACCAUCCUUUAUUGACUGAUUUAACAUUUCCAACCGUAGAAAACAGAAAAUGAUUACGCUAAAUCCUCUUUUAUUUAUUUAUUUAUUUUUUAAUCUGGAUAUUAAGAAGACCAAAUAAAGCAGAAAAGGUCUUCUUACUGGAUUCUUUGGGAGGCUGAAUAAUUGCUGGUGUUACUGGUUGUGCUUGCAGAUAAGGAGGGAAUGCAAACAUUAAGUUCAUCAGUUCAAAUAAAGAAAUAAAUAAACUGGCUGUUGUUUGAUGAGACUUGGUUUAUAAAUAAUGACAUUAAUAAUAACUUCAAAAAGCUACAAAUGUGUCCAAUGUACAAGCCCCAACAACUGCAGUUCCUCAUUUGGCCACUAGAGGCUGGCUUCAAAAGUAAGUCCGUCUCCAUAGAGCCCCACAGUAAAAAGUCCAUGUUUACAGCAGAAAAAGUCACGUUUACAGCCUGGUAAAAAAGAUAUCCCUCUUUUGUUUAUUCAUUCAUACAUGACAACUGUAUGGGAUGAAUUUGAAUCUAAUUUACAUCAAUAAUGUUAAAACUAAUAGGGGGCGUGGCCUCUUUGACUGACAGCUGAGGGCUGCUAGCAGUGGUACCUAGUAUAAUAGUAUGUGUCUGCAAGGUUUGGUGGCAGCAGUUCUAGGACCUUAAAUCUAGGAUCAAACCCUGGAGGAGCCGUGUUUUGUUAGAACAGCAAAGUAGGUUCAGCUAAAGUACUCUUUGAAAACACAGUCGCUGAAUUGUGAUGAAUGGUGAUACUGCCAACAACAGGUGUGUUACAGUAUGUGGAUCUACCAGGGGUGACAGGGAUGCUGAGAGACCACUUUGGCCACAUCAUUCAUCUUAAAGUCUAUUCAAUAAAAAUGUGUAUUUACUUCAUCGUAUAUCACCAUUUGCUGUAAAUGCAUGGUUUUGACAGUAUGAGGAUGUAAGGUUGAUUAAAGCCGGUGCUGUCAGCUUCAGCUGGGAUGUCAGGAGUUCAAAAAUACUCUGUGCAUAAAUGAAAGUCGAAAUUACUGCCACUUUGCAGUGCUCGGAGGCAGUGAUAGAAGAUGGCAAAUUCCUUCAUAGUGAAAUAUAUUAUUUGCAGCAGGUGGUUUCAAACACAGCCAAGAUCUUUUUUUCCUCAUAAAUAAUAUUUUCCACCAUCUUUGCUCACCUGGCCUGUCUUUGUUGUUCAGUUAUUCAUUAACAACUUAGGGUUCUCUCGAGUUAAGAGUUUUUUUUUUUUAGUGAUUUAGGGCUUAAAAUCUUUAUCUAUAAAUAAGCAUAUAAAUUAAUUAGAUUUCAUCACUAUUAACAACUUUGUCUGUUGUUCCGGUUCUCUAUUCAUCCUCAUGGAUCUUCUAUGUAGAAAGAUGUUUGCCUGUUCACACAGAGUUGGUUGUCUUGACUUAUUUUUUCGUUAUCUCGACAGAACUCAGAUCAUUUUCUCAUGAUAACAGAAAUGAUGAUUUAGCCGACCUCAACAGUAACUUUUCAAAACACCCUCCGGAUUAACGUUCUGAAAAGCUGCAGUCACCACUGUCAACAGCAAGUGGGGGUUUUCAAUGAAAACACUGACGGCAUGCUCCAUUUUGCACAUGCGCAUUAAAUCUUUAAUGAUUCGCGCAUGGCAGUUAAAUGUUCCCACGUUGAAGGGGUAAUGUACAUGCGCGAAAUGGAGCAUGCCAUCAGCGUUUUCCUUAAAAAGACCAACUAGCUGUUGACAACGGUGGCUGCAGCGUUUCAAAAAUAUCCUAAUCUGGAGGGCGUUUUUGAAAGUUACUGUUGAGGUAGACAGAAAUGCCAUUUCUAUUGUCAUGAGAAAAUAAUCUUUGUUAUGUCGAGAUAGGGGAAAAAAAGUCAGGCAACAAAUGUUGUUAUAUCAGGAUAACGAGAUGAUGAGCCAUUAUCACAAGAUAACAGUGUAUGAAAAAAGAAAAAUCCAUGGCUGCUUUCGGCUUCUGUAUGAACAGGUUUUCUAUGUCAAGACAAAUUUUAUGAGUUUUAUUCCCUUAAGAGGUCUGCUGAUACUAAGCCUGAUUUCAGAUUGGACGUUACAUGUCAGCCGCUUGCAGGUACAGUAUCUGAUUGGUUGAUGGACCAAAACAAACAAACAGCAAAUUAAAAUCAAUAAUGACGGAUAACUUUGGUUUUUGAUGGGUGGAAUCCAGAGGGUCCCUUAAAGUUAAGGAUUUGCUCUGUUGGAAAUGAAACAGAGAUUUUAUGGACAUACAGCCACUGGACUCACAGAGCGAGUGGAUUUUACAGUAAUAGGCGUGCUCUACCAUUUUGUUAUAGUGCUGAUGUUGUAAACACAGUACUAUUAUCUCAUAUAGUAUGAUAGUAUUUUGGUUUGCUCCUGUCAGCUGUCUGCUGUCGGACCCACAUGCAGUGUACAGCUUGUCUGGUUGACAUACAGGAGAUAAAAAUAAAAAACACUUCACUACCAGCAUUUAUAGUGUUGAGCCAAUAUCAGUCAUGGUUUUUGGACAACACUAAGACACGAAUAUAUUUUUAAUUUAUGCACUUUUUGGUCUAAAAUAGUCCAGUGUGGCAAUGCCUCAAUCAAAUUGUGCCAGUAGACAUUCACUUUUGGAUUUCAUCCUUAUAUUUGAUUCUGCAGAAAUCCCAACUGAAAUGAACUGCAUUCGUGAGUUUCCCUCCAGCUUACUGAGAAAGAGGAUAUUUCUGACCUUGACUAUUGAAAUAUGACUGCAGAAGUUUCAUAGUUAUUUCUUCAAGAGGGAAGAUGGAAUUAGGAAACUCUUUCUUUCUCAGACUUUAUCAGGGAGUUACAUCUUUAAGGUGCAUAUUUGUAUAAUUAGGAGAUGAAGGCUCAGUUUUACUGUCUCAGGCCUAUGUGUCAUGUUAAAAAUACAGUGAAUACACUGUGAUACCGUCUGGUUCUGACUGGAAACAUGCAGACGUUUGGGUUGGAGCUGUAUGGUGAUGGAUGUCCUUACUCUCUAACCUGAUGAUGGGCUUGACUGACCAGUGAAACAGAGCAGGCUUUGCUCCUUGCUCACAGGAGGAGGAGUGGGAGGAGGAGGAGGAAACAGUGGAAAUGUAGAGGAGGAGGAGGAGGAGGAGUGUGUGCAGCAGCAGUGAUGGAUCUGCCAUCGGAGCUCACGUCUGCUGCACAGUCGGACGGUCACGGCGCCCGCUGAUGGGAAUUACCAGCCAUGUCCGUUAUCUCCUCCUUCAGAUCUUUCCAUCCUGUGAGGUUACAGUGAGCGACCAUGCGCUCGCUGUCGCCCUGCUCCACAGACAUGUAUGGAUGACUCAGAACAAAAUCAAUGACUGAUGAACACUCAUGUGAGCCCUUCGAGUCGAGUUUAGACCCAUAUAUUGGCUGAUAGUAUUGGACUGUCUCUGCAGCUGGAAAAUGUUGCAGCAGAAUGUGAAGGGAUUUUAUUCAGUGAAGUAAAACCUACUACAAAGAAACCGCUUCUGUCCUGACACUGGAGAUUUGACUGUCAGAAAGCAUCUUAGUGUUUUUAUAUUCUACUGCUUAUAAAAUCUUCUGCAUAUGUGUAACAUACCGUAGAAAAAAAGAUUUCUCAUCUCUUAAUAACUGGUACAAAUUAAACCUCCACGCUGUUUUUUUUUUACGAUGUUUCUAUGUUGUCCUACCAAACAAAGACUUUCACAGAAAAUAGUGCAACCAGAUGAAACCUGUGAAAUUAAAGCAAAAGCCUCAAAAUCCAAAGACGAAUGGGGCAAAUAGACCACUUUGAGGAUGUAAAGUUUGUUGAGUACCAAAAGUUAUGAAACUACUAAUUUACUUUGAUAGGACAGGAAUACAUGCGGAAAGAAGAGGUGGGAGGCCAUUGCAGUCCAAGUAUGAAGCAGGAUACCAGGGGCUGUAACAAGACUGAGCCAGCCUGUAUGAUGGGCUGUAUCAAAAACAGUAAGGACUGAGGCCUGCCAGACCCUGACUUGUAGACGCUUUCAAAGAGAGCAGCCCUGCAGCUCAAGGAUCCACCUCCCAUACAACUUUUGGAGACCCAAAUCUGCUCAGAAUAUAGAUGAUACAGUCUAAUAGCUGUAAUGCUGUAAAAAAAGCCAACUUGGCUUGUUUUUAAAACUACAUUGUAUGUUCAACAGAGCUGCUUCGACCCCCCCAAGUCCACCAGCGAAAAACAAGAUGCGAGCUCACCAGUCAAUGAAAUAUGAGCUUCGGCAUAGAGUCAGCACAAGAGUAUAAACUUGACUGAGCCUUAGCCACCCUAACUAUGAGCUUAGUCCAAAACACAUGGUGUGAAGCUUAUUUUUGAAAGUAGAGAGGGUCUUUGCCACCCGGACCCUGACUGUUACAAGAUAAAAAUAAUAUAGAGAGGGGACUGAAAACUGAAGACUCUACCCCCCCAUACUACUUUUCCAGACUCAAAGCUACCAAUAGUUAGAUAACAUGGUCCUUUAACUUCGGGUGUGAUGAAAAUUGUAAAGAUAUUUUCUCUACAAUAACAAUAAAGGACAUGUCCCAAUUAGGACAUAAAUACAUAAAGCUGUAGAGAGAAGGAAGAGAGUAGGUCUGUGCGUGUCAUGUACCCUGCAGUCUGAGCCUAGAUCAGCAUGAGAGGUGGUCAAAGCCUCAAUCUUAAAAAUCUGUUGAAACAAGUAUAGAGAAAAGAAAAGAAUACAACAAAUUACAACCGAAUACAGUAGAAUAGAAUAGAGCAGAAUAAUAUUUAAAAAAAAAAAAACAUAAUAGAAUAUCACAGAACAAGACAGAGCGUAGAAUAAAAUGGAACAGAUCAGAGCAAAUCAGAACAGAUCAGAUUAGACUAGAAUAGAACAGAUCAAAUCAGAACGGAAUAGAAUCGAUCAGAAUAGAACAGAUCAGAAAAGAACAGAAUAGAACAGAUCAGGUCAAAAUAGAAUAAAAUACUAUAUAAUAUAAUAGAAUAGAAUAGAAAAGAAUAGAAUAGAAUAGAAUAGAAUAGAAAAUAAUUAAAUAGAAUAGAAUAGAUCAGAAUAGAAUAGAAAAUAAUUAAAUAGAAUAGAAUAGAUCAAAAUAGAAUAGAAAAUAAUUAAAUAGAAUAGAAUAGAUCAGAAUAGAAUAGAAAAUAAUUAAAUAGAAUAGAAUAGAACAGAUCAGAAUAGAAUAGAAAAUAAUUAAAUAGAACAAAAUUGAAUAGAAUAGAACAGAUUAGGUCAGAAUAGAAUAGUUGCAGCAGGUGAACAGGAGUAGAGUCAGGAUUCAUCAGGUUUCAUCUUCACCAUCCUAAAUAAAAAUAUAUAAAGCUUAGAUUUUGAUCUGUUGAGGUUAGGAAGAAUUCUGCACAGCCUUGGACAAAGCUCCACCUCACAGACCACACUGAGGACUAAAACAGGCCUGUCCAGCUUCCCAAUCAUACCACCACCUAAUAAUGUGCCCAAACUGCAAAACCCUGCAACAUAACAUCCGAAAAGCCAAACAUUUCCUCAUCUCUUUCCAGAGAAGGUUCUGGAAAUUUAGUUGCUUUGAGCUGCAACUAAAGGAAAAAAAAAAACUGACAUCUGCAAUCUGGCUGCUCUGAAGUGUUCUGUUUGUAAAAUGCUGCAGUUAUCCAACUUCUAUAUCUGUUCUCCGUCUCUAAUCUUUAUAUCAGAGUUCUGCAAAUUCCUGGCAUUAACUCUCAAAGCAGCAACUCUGUGCAACACCUGCACUCCACUCCCUUACUUUGUAGUGCAAAGCCAGCUGAGGGAAGGGAGAGAUGUGAGAUGUGGAGGAGAACCCGAGGAGGAAGAGGAGAGGGGAGGGAGGUGAGCGUGACUCUUACACUGGGCCGGCAUCACAGAGUACAGUACAACAAUUUGUCGUCUGCACCCACACGUCUGUCAGGCCGGGCUGUUUGUGCUGCUGCUGUCAAUCUGAGCGAACGAGCCGCUAUGUUACACAGCCGACGCAAAAUUGUCAACACAGAUGUUUUUUUAAGGAGGAAAGAGACGAUAAAGUCACUUAGGUUUAACGGCAGACUGACAACCUCUGUGUUGUGUUCCUCGUCUCCUUGCUGCUCAGAGAUGGAAGGAAAGGUAGAACAGCGUCUGUCACCAUCUGAGAAACUACAAAUAAUGCAUUUAUAACUGACAUCCAGAGCAGGAAAGCUGCAGAUUUAUGCAGUCUAUUGUAAUUUCUAACACCGACAGGAUCAUAAAAAGGAGAUUUGAGUCAGUUUGUUUUGUCAGAGUGGUAUAAAACAGUUUCAUAAACAUACGAUUAUGGAGAAAAAAGUGGGCAGAUUGGCAGCUCUAAUGUUCACAUCCACCAAACCUGAGGUCUUUGGGGACAAAAACAAUUCUUAAAAAAGAAACAGAGCUUCUAAAUUAGCCAGGAUCUCUCUUCGAAGGAUGUAACAUUCUCACUCACAGGCAUCAUGCUUGACCAGGCAGCAGAUUUCAGCCUGGUUGCACAUCAUUCGGAGUUCAGAGUAUGGAGGGGGAUGAGAGCCAGUCAGGGUCUGAUCAGCUGCUCCUUACCAGUAAUUUACUUCAGGCCUGUUAUAAACUGUGGUAGGCCAACUCCAUACCCUAUCAAAGUGAAAGUAGAGCAACAAUCCAAUCCUCAGGGCUCUUUUUCUUACCUGAUUACACCUGUGCAGAACAACAGAAGGUGCCUGAAAGGACCAUAAUAACAUACAGCAUGAUAAAAUGAUGAAUAUACAUCACUCACAUUCAAAAUGUUUGUUGUUGUAUUUUUCUUUGAUUCACACAAGUGCUCAUGUUUAAUAAACUUUACACAUUUAUAAGGUGAAUUUCAGGUCUUUGGGCCACUUAGUGCACAUUAGUGUAACUUAAGCUCAGUUUGCCUCACUGUAGGAAACUCUCAGGUACAAAUCAAAUCCUGUGGAAAUGUCAAAUGUCCUAUUCUUACCAAGACUGAAGGACUCUUCUCCUUCUGAGCCAUGCUGUUGUAAUCACUGUUGUCAAAAUGUGGUUUGUCAUUGUCUUACUGAAAUAUGAAGGUCUUCCCUGAAAAAGUCUUUGUCUGGAUGGCAGCAGAUGUUGUAGAGGAUGCUGCCUCCACGAUUUCCACAAAAAAACACAGUCAGAUUCUGAUUGGCCAGUCUGGUGUUUCUGGAUCCUGGUUUAAUCUGAAUUCUGUCUGUUUUUAAUGUCGUGCUGCCUGAGGGCCUGAAGAUCAGGACCAUCCAUCCAGUCUUGGUUUUGGUCCUUGUCCCUUUAGUUCAGAGAUUUCUCCAGAUUCUCUGAAUCUUUGAAUGAUAUGAUGUUCUGUAGAUGAUAAAAUCCACUCAUUCUUUCACAUUUGACACUUAGGAACAUUAUUAUGAAACUGUUCAACUAUUAACUCACUCAGUCUCUCACAGAGUGGUGAACCUCUUCCCAUCUUUCCUCCUCAGAGACUCAGCCUCUCUGAAUGUCCUUUUUAUACUCAGCUCUUUCAUUUCCUUUUGCUUUUUUUUCCCCUUUACCAGGAGCAAGUGUUGGUUUUUCCACCAUAGUUUUGUACUCCUCUGUUUCCCACCAAAGAGCUGCAGACUUGCUUCCUUUUUAAAAAAAAUAAAACUUUGACUCAAAAAUGAAUAAUUAAAACAUGAAAACAAAAUCCUCAGGGGUCGAUCUUUGAGGUAACAAAGCAGCAUUAUUCUCCCCACAAUUCAAACCAGUUUCCAGGAGUUAAAAGUUGACAUUUUCUGCUCAUACAUUCUAUCAAGUUUGUUACAUAAGUAGAUGAGGUUAUGCAGAGGAAAGAAGCAACAGAUUUAAACUCCUAGUUUGUCACCUCUUCACUGGUCUGAAACUCAGGGAUAAAGUGCUGUUAUUGACCAUGAAUAAGUGUCUACAUGCUGCAGCCACCUUAAAUCAUAAUUUUAGGUUGAUUUUUUCAGGAUUCCCAUCAUUGUGGGUGCUAUGAGGAAAAUAAUAAAGUGUGACUUAAAUGAUAACAGAAUUAAUUUCUCUGCCAGCACACUUUAAUGUAGCUAAUCCCUGUUCUUUAAUCAAUACAUUACACUGUGUCCUUUCUCUAUCUGCAGCAGUGAUGGAAUAGACCAAUCACAACCCUUAUCAGGUCCCCGGUGCAGCGAAUGACAGGUCCUCAUUACUUACAGCAGCCCCAGAGACUGAGCCCGUAUCGAUUUCCAGAAUUACAAUUUCAUUUUUUAGCCUGUGGACGGUUUCCAGAGUCAGUGGAGGGCAGAAGAAAGAGCCAGGAGGAGUGUGUCUGAGUGUGACAGCUGUCAAUCAGCAGGAUGAAACGUUUCCUUUGGAGAGGUGAGGAGGAAGAGGAGGAGGAGGGAGGCGGCCUCCACUCCUCCUCCUAUCUCUGUUUCUCAUUUACUGCUCCUCUCUGUCUCCUUGUCUGCUUAUCGCGCUCUCUCUGACUUUCUAUUCUCCACACUCGCGCUCCUCAGACUCACAUGAAUAACUCUCCUUAUCGCGCUGACCCCGAGACUUCAAACGCUGCCUUCCUUCCCGGGAAUCAGAUGUUCUCCUCCUCAUUGUUUGCCAUUUUCUAGAUUUAUUUCCCUCUUAUCAAUCCAAUACCAUCAAUUCAUGUUUUCCAACCUCGGGCAGAGAAAAUGGAGUCCAUGCAGCGUGUUGUUCAAAUAUACAGAGUAAACACGCUCACAUGCAUCUCUCUGUUUGCCAUCAGCUCUCUCUGUUAAAUUUCAGACCUGAGCUCCAGAGCGAUGAUUAACACCUGAACUCUCUGCAUUGUACUGUAUAUCUGCUCCUGGUUUGCAUUCAACUUUGAUUUCAGCACAAAAGAUCUGUUUGUGAUCUGAUUAUGAUAAUGAAACGUUAACACUCAGCAAAGAAACCACAUCAGGCGUGGUAUUCUCUCUGUAAAACAGGAACUUUCCUUUUGUGUUAUGAUAAAACUACUGACACAAUUCUGACGCUUAUAUAAGAGCACAGUGAUUAUAAGACACCAUUGUCAGACUGAAUUUUAGGGAAAGAUCUUAUUUUAUGUAGAAAGUCAUUUUAAAAGAAAAUAAUGAAAGAAAGAGAGUUAAUAUGACAACAAGGACAAAGAUCAGGACAGAGGACAGAGAUCACUGCAGCAUCUCUAUCUGAGCUCAUUCUGUUCCUCUGCUUUACUGACCCACACUGUUAAACACACACAGGCCUCCUCCUCUCUCCUGCCUCCUUCUCUCCAUGCUCUCCUCUCUCUUCCUGCUCCCUUCCCUCUCUCCUCCUGCCUCCUCCUCUCCCUGCUCUCCUCUCUCCUUCUGCCUCCUCCUCCCCCUGCUCUCCUCUCUCCUCCUCUCCCUCUCUCCUCCUGCCUCCUCCUCUCCCUGCUCUCCUCUCUCCUCCUCUCCCUCUCUCCUCCUGCCUCCUCCUCUCCCUGCUCUCCUCUCUCCUCUUGUGGUUGGCUCGUAGUUUGUCACACUGUUGCACAACAUGUUGAAGAUAUGAUAAAUCUAAUUAGUUGUCCAGCUCUAUGUCAAAUCAUACUGAGUUUGUAAGUUUCCUUUUCCACUUGAUGCAAUGGCCAUCUUUAUUGUGUUGUACUUACAUCUUCUAACCAGUGGGUGGCAGUGUGUUGGAUAACUGGCCAGCAUUAAAGUGGCUGAUGUGAAACCAUCGAUUAAAUCUAGUGGGACUCGGGUGCAGUGGUUCUUGUGGGGAUGAAUCUGAGGUCUUUAAUCCAGUAAAACUGCUGCGUAUUGUUGUUAAAUGUUUAAAACCUCAGAGAUCUGCAGCCUCCAUGGUCGGACGUUUUGAACUGGACUGGUCUUUUUUAUCCUUAUUCUGGUGCAGUGUUUGUCAAAGUCACAGAUCUGAGCCCAAUCUGCAGUGAAACUUUGAGCUUGUUGUUUAGACUUAUGAUUCAGAACUAGUUGAGACUGUGAGUUUGCACUUUCUGGGUAAGUUCCUUUAAAUAAAGCAGCUCUUCCGGGGGAUUCAUCAACAGUUGUUUCAAACUGAACUAAGUCUGCUAAUUAAAAUAACUGUCUCUGAAGUCUUUUCUAUGAGAUUAAACUGUUAUUUAAAGAAAGCGUCCUGGGAAAUUAAAAAGAAAUAACAGCCAAGUGAAAUCACUGUUUUAUUUCCCUGAAUGAAAGCUCGGCUGUGCUGCUGCUGAAGAAUCAUAAAUAAUCUGUUUUGGCUGAUGGAGUCAGGUGCUUUUGAAGGAGACGAUGCAUUUUUAUUACAUUUAUUCAAAUUUCCUCUCAUAGUUUCUCCUCUUCUCUGAUAAUUUGGUGCACACAGUGCUGCAGGAGCCUCAUUUGUUAAUGCAGCUGUCAAUCAUGACUGUUUUUUGGCAACAAAUAACCAAAUUUAAACUAAACUUGUCAGAAAAAUGAGAACUUGAAUGUAAACCAGCCUAUAACGCUGGAAACGCAGCUUAAGAAUCAUUGAAUUGAUGGGAGUUUUUAUUUUUUGGUUUGACCCAUGUUCCAUCUGUUUACAUGGAGGAGGCGGGGUUUAUCACCUACAUUGCAGCCACAGUAGUUGGGCCAAAUGAAUCAGAGAAAGUUUAUGAAAUUCGACACUUAAAAAAAAACGUGCUCAUAUAUUAGAACAUGAUAAAAGUAGCAUCAAGAUUUAAGGACUUACAAGGACAGGAUAAAUUGUGUUUUGGUUGUUUAAAGGCAGCAGUUAAAUUCAGGUUAUAGCAGUUACUGGAAUCAAAGUCUGUCUUCAGUUGGAGUUUUGUGAAGUAAACUUGUUAGAGGUGAAUUAAAAGUUGUUGUAAACAGGCGUCUGAUUUUAAUAAAGCUUCCAGAGUUUAGACCUUUCUCUCUGUCAUCCCUCCUCGUCUCUCAUCCUGUGUAUGCUCCAGCAUUUAUCAAAUCAAUUACUGCUGAUGGGAGUUCCUCCUAACAGGUAGUGAGGUGUCCCGGCACUAAUUCAUCCUGUCGCUUUGAUGGAUUCGCUCCCUGCUCGCCGAGCGUCAGGCCUGCAGCUCAGGGAGAGCGAGGCCGAUCUGUCAGGCCUCACAAGCCAUUACUUAAAACAUUAGCUGCUCAGGACGCAGAGAGAAAGCUCCACUCUGACUGAGGAGAAGUGGUGGACACAGACUUCAGAUCAGCCUGUCCAGGAGGUGUCGGUGCAAAGAGAAUAUGCAUGAGGCAGGAGAGGCUCCAAGAGGUUUUGAGCAUGUUCAACACAGACCGGAUCACCACUGGACCUGAGGACAGCUGGAAAAAAGUCCCUCAUGGUGUUUGAACUUUUAAACAUCUCCAAAGAUGUGUUUCAGUCAAAGAUCAGUAAAUGAACUGAUGCUGCUCUGUCCUGCGACUGAAACCCAGAGAAGCAAAUGAGAACAAAGAUGCAUGUGGCUGACCAUUUUCCUACGGCACUGCAAAAAAUUCAAAUAAUGGGAAAUGACUUUUUACAUUUCUAAUAAAAUGUCUCUCCUGCAGAAUUUAAGCUAAAUUAAUCUGACAAGCCAAAAAAGGGGCUUAUUUCAGCACAUUACACCGAAUUAAGGAGGUAAAUGGCUCUAAAUGAGUAAAAUAAUCUGCCAAUGCAACCGGAAAAAAUGUUCUUUUAUUAAGUUUUUUGAAAUAAGAGGACAACUUUUUUUUUAAAUUUCAGAGCUUAAAAUGUUUUCUUCCCUCACCGUCAGUUUUCUGUCAUUACAACUAGUUUGGGUCUUAUUUCUGAGGUGAUUUCUAUCAAAGUCUUAUUAGACUUACUUAAAUAAGACAAAAAGACCUGUUUCAGUUUGUGGGGGUUUCAUCUGUUUGAUUUUUGUAGUCAAUGACUUAAUUUUUUUAAGUUAGGGUUGAAGAAAAAUCACAGAAACCAGAGUCAGAGCUGACACCAUUUUCCAAACGUGAUUAAAAAGACUUGAGAUUUCUUUGGGAGCGUUUUUGAGUCAAAACAGCCUUCUUUAAAAUUACUUGGUUGAAUGCAUAGACAACCCUGUGUCCUUAUUAUUAUCCUGUAAUAAGCUAGAGAUGUGCUGACUUAAUGGUUAAACAGUGACACCCUCACCAGUCAGCAGCACCAGCGUUCUCUUUUUUUAUUACCCGUCCUAAAUAGAGGUUAGAUGUUGAAUUGAAGCUGCUUCCAGCUGAAGUUGUGGCUCAGUCAGUGGCCACUGUUCAACUACCUGGAUGUAGUCUGUCACGGUUCUUACUUUCAGACUGCUCAGUUAGUCGAAAUAUCAAUUCCUGUUUAAAUAAGGUUAAAUUGUGGACAUCACUACACUCUGAUUUUGUAUUUUCUUAAAGAGUGUGCUUAAAAAAGUAAUUUCCUCAUCUUAAAUACCUGUGUUACAUACCUUAAACCUGCUGUAAACGCAUUCAUUUCACCGUUUACCCGGUACACGGGCAUUUUAAUGUGCGACCUAGUGGGAAUUGCUUGGCUUUUUCAGACGGCCUUAAGUGAACAACAAAGAAACUGAUGGUUAUUGGAUUAUUUUGCACAAAAAAACCAAAAGUUUUUAAAAUGCAAAAAGCCGUUUCUACAAGAUGAACAAAGAAGAAAAAUGGACACAUUUUGUUUGUUGGUUAAAUUAUCUGAAUGAUAUUAUCUAUUCCUCAUUUACGUUAAAUAAUAGAACUUAAGCAUUAUGAUGGCUAAACUUUUUUCUCCCCUUUUUUAAAUUAAGAAAAAAAAUACUGGAAAAAAAUUAGCACGCAAGUUAGACAACAUAUUGCAUAUUUGUUUUAUAUGUGCUUCUUUGUGUAUCCAUAUGUGUUGCAGCACUUACUGUUAAUUUUCUUAAUGUUACAGCAGCUAAAUCACACUGGGUGGACUGCUCUCUGAGGUAGAAACCUUUGGGAUGCAAAGAUGCUGAAAGUGGGAGGAUUGCUCGCAUGCAAAUAAACUCACAUUUUCUGCAGUAAAAGGACAAUAGACUGGACUCUUCUCCAUGUCUGAAUGAACAUAUGGGCCCGUCUGUAUCUCUAGGUGGAGGAGAAGAUAAAUGAAAAAGAAAUUCACCUUCACAUAAGCAGAUUUUACCUGCUGUCUGAGGAGUAACAGAAGAGCAGGGGUAUAAUGAGUCCUGAUGAAUGAAUGCUCUAAGACAGUCAUAAGUAGUAAAAUGACUUUCUGAAUAAUGGCUGUAAUGUUGUAGAGAGCUGGAUCUGUAUUACUGCAGCAGAAUAUCUCCUGUACUUCCCAAUAAAACUCCCGUUUAUAUCUUUGACUCAGCUUAAAUGGAGAAACUCUUCUGCUCUGGCUCUGGACUUAAUGGCUCAGGCAGUGAAGAAAAAAAUGAAGCGCAGUUAAUUGGAUGUGUUUGCUGGUGCAGAUUUUGCUCAGUCAGCAUAAAUGCAGAGUUCAGUCUGCAGGAGGGGAGGACGGGGCAGCGGUGCUGUACUGGUUCUGGGUGUCCGCCUCGAGCUGGUCAUGUCAUGUUGCAAUGACUGACAGAGCGAGAAACAUCUUUAACGAGACGCCAGCGUGUCAGAGGAAAAGAGGAUCCGCAUGUCUGAGGCCUGAGCAUCAUCUCUGCACACUCCCUAACAUAAAAAGCAGCUGCCAAUCAUAAAUCUUGUCCCAUCAUUUGAGAGACAUUAGCGUUGACUAAUUUAUUCCUCUCCCUGGAGGACAGUUAUGUUUCUGUCUGACUGUUUAACACACAAGGAAAUAUUUUUAAUCAUCCCCCUGAGGAUCCUGGCUAAUGAAUCAUGUGUUUAAACUCAGCCGCCGCUCUGUUUUUUCACACUUCCUCUGUUUAUUUAGCUUGUUAGGACCAACAGCGAAGAGGUCGAACACACACACACACACACACACACACACACACACACACACACACACACACACACACAGCUGAGCUCCAGCUCUGGCUCCUGGUGAGGAAUGCAGGGAUGGAAUUGGCUCUCUAAUCCCCCCCUCUUUUUAAAAAGUUGGACUAAAUCCUCAAUGGCUGUGAGCAGCUUUCCGUCAGCAGGAGAAAUAAGCGCGUACAGCUAAUACUGCAGCUGUUCAAAUGGCUGUGAAAUACUGUGGAAAAUCUCUGCAGCAUCACAUCAGACAGUUCACAGCCAGAUUCAAAUAGAGGAGGGUCUUUCUGCCUGCAUGUGUGUGUUCCUGUGUGUGUUUGUGAGUAUGUGGGUGUGGUGGAGUGGGAUGAGACGAGGAUCAGGCAUCCGCAGCUUAAUUCGAUGCAUGGAAAUCACAGAUGUCGCCAAAUAAAGACAGCUGUUUCUGUAUGGAUUAGUAAUGUGUCUUACUAGACAUUCACCGACUUAUUGAUCACGAGCAAAGCUUCAGAUCACAGGAACAAGCAUGCAAUAGAAAUCAUAUGGAAGAAUUACUUUCUGCUGCGUGGUGAAUGAAAUUUAACUACAGAGCAAAUCAUGCCAGAACUUUCUUUGGAGUUAUUUUUUCAUCUUUGAAACAGGUGACGGGGGUUAUGUUGAUGGUGUCUGAAAGUUAGAAAUGACACUGUUAAAACAGCAUUAAAACACUCAACGAGAGUCAUAAGCAGCCAGACAGUGAGGACUAAGGCUGGUGGUGCUGGCUCUGCUAACUUUGGCCACACUCACCUAAACAACUACUAUGGCAGAAUAUGCAGCAAAAAACAAGAAGAGUUAGCUGUAAAUAAAGAGAACUCACAUAAAUGGAGACGUGCCUUUAUUUUGGCUCACAAUCGGCUUGUGGUCUAUUAUGCUGUAGAUUCCUCUGGUUCACUGCUGUUGCAGACCUUCCUGUUUUCCAGCUGCUCUUCUUCAACUGCACACAUCAGUCUCUCCUCUGUCCAUCUCUCUCUUUCUCCAUCUCCAUCUCUCUCUCCCUUUCUAAACCCAGCUGAGUCUCAGCAGAUGACAGUCUAACAUGAGUCUUGUUCUGCUUGAGGUUUCUGCCUGUUAAAGGUUCUUCCUGCCCACUGUGACUUGACAAAUGCUGUAAAGGGUGAUGCCACGAUGCCUGUAGACUUCACAACAUUGUAGCUGGGAAAAAAUGUUGAAUACUGGGGGUUGGGACUACAGGCGUAGUCACAGGUCUUUGCAGGUAAAAUUAGUCUUGCAUAGCAGCUGUUCUGCAGAGAAUUGGCAGAUAGACUUUUGGGGAGUUUUUAAGUCCUUAUGAACAGGGGAGGUAUAUCACAUCAUAGAUCCUCCCACAAGCUAACCAACACUAUUUGACCAACUAAGAAGUCAUGUAAAAGGUAAAAGUCUGUAGACUGAAAACUUAAACAAAACGUACAGAAAUAACAGCACAACUUCAAUCAACCAGGUCACAGAUUUGAGGACAGUUCCUCAACCAGUUUUUAGACAUGUUACUAAUUCAAUGACCCGUACACUUGGAUCUUAAUAAAUACAAUUGGCAAUCUGUUCAAACUGGUUAACCUUUACAUUAGGGCUGGGGCGAUUCGUCAGCGUAGUCGACGUAUUCCACUACAAAAAUUUGUCAACGCAAAAAACAUGCGUCGAAGCGUUGCAUUAUGACAUAGACAAUGGCUACUUCAGGUAACAGUGGAGGCAUGGAUGGCAAACAAGCUCCACCUAAUGGGUCGAUUUUAAACAUACUUGAACAUGAUCUAUGAGCACCUCUCAAUCACUGCACGUGUUCUUCCUGGUUUCCUUGUUCACAUUUCCAAGAUCCCGCUGCUUUCAUUCAAGGAGACAAGCUGUGACCUGUCAAUCACAUAACCCACCACUGGUGAGCAAAAGCCACAGUGGAGACUGCAUCAUACGCCCUGCAUCCUUUCUAAUUCACUUUAAGAACUUAGCCUGGAGUUGAAGCAUCAGUUUUUUUGCUUUUAUUUGUCCUUUAACUUGCUAAUUGAUCAGCUGUGUGAUCGUCGUUGAUAGCUCGUGAAUGCUAUUGCUUGGGGCACGCGAGAUCUGCCACAUAUAUGAGUCUAUGGUAGAUCCCGAAAGAAAAAAACUAAUUUUUAAGGUGUGGCAGCUUUUAUUUAACUGUGGUGAUCAAUUGUAUAAAGGGGAAACCCUGUUAUCUAGCACUGUGUCUUACUCAGCAAUGUAAACAAACACUGUUGCCAGCAUAAUGCUGACCUCGGCCCACAAUGCAUUGUUACAUAAAGUGCCUUUUCAAGCCCUAUAUUUUUAUUAUCAUCAUUAUUAUUGUUGUUUUAUUACUACAGCCAUCGUUGUUACAUAAGACAUUUUACAACAAAGCAUAUUGGCUGUCCUACAAACAUAUCCAAGGUCUCUAGGAAAUUAAAGGGAAAACAAUUAAAUAAUGAAUAUAUAUAAUAAUUUAUGAAAUAAUCUCGAGCCCUAUAAUUCCCAGCCAUGCAUUUUACAUAUGCAAUAUUGUAAGAGAUUUUAUGUGACAAAUGAUUUGUUUUGCAAAUAUUUUUAUUUUUGUUUUGUUUGAUUUCAAGAAUAAAUCAUUGAAUUAAAAACUAAUAUGACAAGUUUUUAAUCCUUAUUUUGGUUAAAUUCAUUGUUAUAUAAAUCUGUUAAUAAAAAAAUAAUCAUUAGAAUAAUCAAUAAAUUAGUCGAUAGAUUAGUCGACUAAUCGGAAAAAAAAAAUCAUUAGAUUAAUUGAUUUAAAAAAUAUAUAUAUUUUUAGGCGCAGCCCUACUUUACACCCCUAGGAAGGAAAGGAAAAUACCUCCCUGCUUCAUCUGGUCAUUCAGUCUAUGUGGUUCCUGCAUACACGUAAAACAGCAGCUCUCAGAUAUUUUAACCUGCAGGACAGGAUGCAGCAGGAUGUAAAGCGGUAGAAACGCAGGCAAACUUGCAGCAUUAAAAUGUAAAAGAACUCGGCAGUGGAUCUUGACAUUAUUCAAAUCAUAUUCUUCAGAGGAAAAUACAUUUCUUACUAGAAAAUCUCAGCUCUGACCCCCCAACGAGCGGUUGUGCAGAGUGAUAACAGAGCGUAGCGAAUGCCAUUUAAGGUUAAAUCUAGCAUUUUAAAUCCACUUUCAUUUGUAAGCUUCAGCUUUUCCUGCCCUGCCACGAGUGUGAGUCAUUCCCAGCUAAUCUACACUCCACUUCCUCACAAGUUGUGUGUCAGAAACUCUGAGUGUAAGCUUUGAAUAUAUCAGCCAAAGCAAAGGAGGAGCCAUCAUUCAGAGUGGCUAGUGUUUUAAGAUUGUGGGUUCAAAUGAGGGUAGAGAAGCAGCUGGUUUUGUGCUUGUUGAGGCACCUCGCCUUCCUUAAGUCUUUAUAACAGAUGGAGGAGGUAACAGGUGAGAGUCUCCUCAUCCUUUUUUUCCUUAGACUUUGAUUUGAUCUCAGUCUUGGAGGUGUUUCUAAUGAAACAAGACUGCUCUUAACUUCCACAGGUUAUUUCAGCAUUUAUAGAUCAUCUCUUUAUACGACAUUCACGCCCUGAAGGAGUUUUGACAAAAUACUACUUGGAUCCAUCUUCACCUGGUUCAGUCUGAUCUCAGGGCUUAAAGGAGUCAUUCUGGAUCACAGAAAUGUUACCGUGGUUCUACACGCUCUCUCUGACUUCAGAUACAGCUGCCCAAUCACAGUCCUUUAUUUACAAGUGGGCGGAUCCUUAAAGAUGACACAGCCUUUUCUUACUUCUCUUACACAACAAAAAUGGCGGCUUCCACCUCUGGGAGGUUCAUCUGCUGUUGCCGUGAUAGUGAGUAGUGGAGAUACCUCAGGUGCUGCCCAUUAAAACAGUUUUUAAAAUUCCUUUUCAAUUGAAAUGGAAGCUUUAGAGAAAUGAUCGCAACAAUUUGAUGUUAUAAGUGUCUUUAAUUAUUGAUAAUUAUUAAUUCAUUAGCGUAUUUGGAUAUCAGUAAUGUGUCAGCCAGUUAUCGAUCCAUCUAGUUUUUUUCAGUGGUGGAUACCUACGCCAAUGAUUACAGAGCAGGUCAGCUAACAUAUAGAACAGAAAUCCCAAUGUUGUCAUUCUGCAUUAAAAAAAAUAAUAUCAACAUCAGAUAAUAUCAGCCAUAAUUCCAAAAAUCUCAUAUAUUUCAGAAGCCAGUCAGAGAUGGAUUUUUGAGUUAAUCCAUGAAGCCAGUUAUUUCCAAAUGGAAAUAAUCAACCAAAUUAUGCAAAAUAAUAAGUAUAAUAAUAAAAAAAUAGCCAAACUGAUGUCUAAGGUCAUUGUGUUGCCCACUGUUUGCUGAAAAGUUGAAAAACUGGCGUACUCUUUCACCAGGUUGGACUAAAUUGGCUGAAGUGUGUUGCAUAAAUUCUUCAUGUGGGUACUACAGCCUUUUGGACCUGAAUUUUCUAAUUUGGCUUGUAAGCUUGUCUGAUCAAUGGCACCCAUUAGCUGCAAAUUGGACACUCUAUGUGUUAUAUUAGACUGUGCAGUUAUGUAUGAAAUGGUCACUUAAAUUAAAAAAAAAAAAAGAAAAAAAAAAAAAGCACAAGCAUCGAAGUUGAUCAAAUUCAAGUGCAUACAUAAAAAGGCAAAAUUCACCUCCAGCUGCAGCACCUUCAAAAAGCCUGCACUACAUCACACACUGCCGGACUCUGAUUGUUCAUCAAACUGAUUCCAGAUGCACUUUUGCAUGCAGCUGUUGCUAAUGCUCUCUGGAAAAAGGAAGUGCACUGAACAAAUCUUGGUCCGGUGAUGACAGACCAGCUUUAAGUGUUUUCUCUCUUGAUGUGCAAUGACAAAACUGACACUGAUGCUGAACAUCAUGUUUUGGGACAUGGAGAGCUCAACACAGACAAGGUUUUGACCUCUGUCUCAUCCCUCUCUCUCUUCAGUAGUCCCAUCCAAUAAAGAAAAAGGCUAUAAAAAUCCAAAAACCAACAACAUUAGAGGACAGAUUCCAGAAACUAGGGAGGACAGGUACAAACUGAGUCCAUUUUUGAAGUCUAUGCCACAGCGGCUAAAAUAAGCUACACACACUCGGUCCAUCCCUCUCCACUCUGGUCUGUACAAUUAAAGCCGGCCUGUCUGAGGAUGUCAGCCGCUGCUGUCCUCUGUGAUUAAUGGUACACAGCAUCAGGCUGAAAGGCACACUGUGAGGACAAUCUCCAUUUUAAAUGGACAUUAUUCCUACAAAAGCCCGUUUGUGCAGCCACACAAAAGACCAGGUCCUCACACAGUCAAAGUCAAGCUGCAGCUUUUGUUCAGAUAUCAGGGCUUGUUUGAGAGCGGGGGUCUCACAUUGUCACAAACAUGGAUGGUUUAAAAGUGUUUUUAUUCUGAUGCUCAAUGUGUAUGCAGGUGGAGCCUACAAAGUGAAAUAUAGGAGUGUAGAGAGCAGGCAGAUGUAAUGUAAAGAUAUCAGCAGGGUGGAGCUCAGGUUGAAGCCCGACACUUAUGUCUCCCCUUUGUUGUCCUGAUCAAGCUUGGUGAUGGUAAUUUCAAAUAACAAUAAAUCUCAGGUUGGAGUCUGGUGAAUGCUGGGCUUCUCUUACAGAAGAAUGAUUGAAAUCUGAUGGCUUAAUAGUGUUGUUAUUGUUGUGAGAACAAACCUCUUACUAAAAGCAUGAAACCAUCUGAUUUCAAAUCGUGUUUCCAAAUUGGGCUUUUGGGAGUUGGAUUGUAGGAGCUCGAAUAAGACUGACUGGUUUUCAAUGAGUAGGUUAUACUUUAAAUGGUGUUAUGAAUACUAGAGAGCUGUGCAAAAAGAGUUUAUCAAAGACUGCAAAACUCCAGCACAUUAUCCAACUGACAAAAACUGCAUCUACCACCCAAGAUCCAUCUGGAACUUUAUCAGCCAAACAGUCUGACUUCUGGUGGUCUAAGACCAUAACACUGUUCAUGAAGGUCAUUCUUGAAAAGUUAGAGCACUUUCUUAUUACCUCACUUUUUUUCUUGCACAUCUGUCUUGUGAAAUCGCAGUGCAAAACCUUUUUUCCACCAACAGUUCUCUAACUGGGGGUGCAAAUGACCUCGCAGCUCAAGCACACCAUUUAUGUUGCUCUCUUAACAUAACAUAACUUAAAAAUACAAACAAUGAACACAACACUGGGAUGAGAGUUACUGUGAUUAUAACACACACCAACUGGGACAUUUGUUAGUGUUGCAGUCAAACACAAACUUCCUGCAGAAUCAAGAUGUGCAAGAUGGGUGAACAUUUUAGCACUAAGAGGUCCAUAGAUUACAGAGGUUAUAAUAAGCUGCUGCUGCUGUAUUGACUCCGAAACAGCGGUACUUGAUUAGUGAUGUCUUGGCGAAACCAUUUAAUGACCCUCCGAUGCUGGAUGACAUCCAGUCCAGAUGGUGGCGGUAAUUCAUCUGGAGUCAGUAAGCUGAAGGAAAGUGAGCACUUGGACUUCUAGACUGUAAAAAACGUCUUCAAACGGCAGUCCCACAUUUAGGAGUUUGAGCCUCUUAAUGUCUGCAGAGAUUAUAUUUAUGAAUGUGCUCUGCAUGUUGAUAAUAUUCAGCAUGUAUUUUUCUAAUACCAUCAGUAAUGUCUCAGAUGUAAUUGUGGAGAGUGUCAGGGGAUAAAAAAAAAGAAAGCAUGAGCUGUUUUGUCUUAACAAAGCUGUUGUUUUUAAGUAUAAUCGGUAUUAGCAAAGAUAGAUCAGGCAGACUACUUUGAAUUUGCACCCUUAGGUGCGCAUUAGCUGUUCUUUUAUGGUGUGUUGCAUGAAAGUUAAAGUCACAUCACAGAAUUUUAUCUUGGUUUGAUAUUUGGGUGUUUUUUGUGCAUUUUGGUAAUAUUUGAACAGUUUGAGGCUGAAAAUGAACAGCUGUUCAAGCUUUGGAAGUAUUCGAGUCAUUGUUUUAAUGCUUUUUCAGGAACACAUUGUCAUAGUAACAGCCAGUCUGCAGAGAUAUGACCAGCAACGCACCCUCAGACGUACCUGCCGUGCUCUCAAAGCCAGUCAGAAUGAGACGCCUGACAUUUCCUUUGAGUGCCAUCCUUCCACGGAGAGCUUUGAUACGAUGACGUUGCGCGGCCCCUCAGUCAGCUGAGAUCCGCUGAAGUGAGCACAGAUCUGAUAUGGAAUUAAAGGGCCAAUUAGUCCUCAGGUAACGGAUAAGAGCUCAUGUUCCUCUGCGGCUGAGCUUUGAUGAGGCGAAGAGAGAAAGACAGACGUGGCGUGAAAUCAGGAGAGCGGCGUUCACUUAGUGGCCUCCGCCCUCUGGCUCCAGACGCGACACAGCUCUUUGAUUUUCCCAUUAGCAGCCGGGACAGACGGGCCUCAGCCUAAAUCUACCUGGCUUAUGGUGUUCAAAAAUGAGCGGGGGGAGAUAGCGUUGGCCCCGCCCCCUUAUCCUCACACUCGGGUUUCAGCUGACCCGAUAAGGGCUAAUCUCAGCGAGCUGCUGUCCAUUUACAGUUGAGCCUCCCCAGAAUCCACAUUCGUGUAGCGUGGCGGGCCUCAUAUCCUCUCGUGCCGGCAUCUCAGAGGCUGCAGCCGCUCAAAGAUGCAGGUGAGCGCUCAGCGGGCUUCAUUGGAAUAAAAAUAAACCGCCGCCACAGGAGUGUGUGGAGGCGCUGCAGCUGGGAAACACGCUUUGAAUAGGAAGCAGCUGGUGUGAAUUUAAUUGGAAAAGAGUGAUAAGGCAGUGUUAAAGGCAUUGAUUAGACAUCACUUUGAUUCUAUUAAAAAAAGCUGUGGGAGGACUUUCAAUUAUAACUUCACUGAAUCUCCUGAGUGUUCAUUAUUAAAUUAUUAGAUUAAUAAAGCUUUUCACUCGCACUCCACUGUGGAGUCUCAUUAUGGCGCCCCCUGUGGACAAAACGGGAUCUGUUAACCUUUUGAUGAUCUGUCCUGAACAUGUGAGUCAUGCUCUCAUGUUUUUCAUGUCACUCUACUUUCAUAUCAAAACUCAUCAGUCAUUGAUCGUUUUUUAAAGGAGGGAAAAAUCUCUGCAGCCUGCUGAUCAUCUCUCUGCUGCUGCUGCUGCUGCUUGAAGCAUCAAUAAUAACGGCACAGACACGGCCUGUCUCUAUACUGAUGGUCAGAUAGAUAGCAGCCUUUCCUGUCAUCAUGUUAAAAUACAAUGACACUCUGUUUUUACAGUUAAAAAGGCACAAAUAUUACCAGUGGGAAAAAAAAACAAAAACAAAAAAACACUAAAAUGGGGGGCCAGGGACUUCUCUGUCCUCCAGUUUUCCAAAGUUGUUCAGCCCAUCAAUGGAAAGUCUCCCCAGUCAAAGGAGAGCUGUGUUAACUCUUGCAGCUGUUUGAGUCCUAAUCUAAGUCUUUUAACUCAAUUGCCUUUCAGUUUCAGUUAUGUUUUUGUCAUUUUGCCCUUCAUAGCUUCAGACAAAAAAUGAUUUUUUUUCAUGUAAUUUUAGCCUGCACAAAUCCAUCUUCAUUUUUGAUGAUUUACAGUCCAUCAAAAGUAGGAAACGCCUUCUUCAUGCUCUCUAGGAUAAAUUGAGGUUUUGGCACUGAGCUGUUACAGUAACAGGGUCAAAAAUGUGAAGGAUUAUUUGUGCAGAGGAGGAAAAUAUUCGAUUUGAAAUGUUGGAUGUGCGUUUUGGCUUCAACUCUCCUUGAACUCUUGUGGAAAUGUUUCUUGGAGGUCGGCAGGAAGUAUUCUUGAUAAAGUUUGGCUGUAAAUUUUGUCUGUUUGCAUUGUCAGAUGCAGCCCACAGCCUCCAAAAUUGGUACAUUUUUGGGAGUUGUGUGCAUGUGUGAAUACUGCUGUUGGACUGUGGUCUAGUGAUGAGCUGAUUGUCUUAAUCUUAAGUUUCAGGUCUUUUUCAGCCCAGAGUGCCACUUGUAAGUAAAACAAGAUUAACGUACAGAACAUACAGAGAGAGAGAAACAAGCAAGGUAAGUUAAGACUCGGACUGAAUUGUGAUUUGAUGGAGGCUCAGAUACUGUAAAGAGCCUCAAAACGACAGGAAGUUGCCAUGUCCAUGUUUUACAUAAAUCCUGAUUCUGAGUUGAAACAGUGAAGUAUUAUUUCAGAUGAAUAGUUUAGUGACUGACGUCUUUUUGAGCAAACACAGAGGCAGACACUGCUGGUUGACUGUAAGAGCGAAUAAAAACAGUCCUGCAUUACUGGCUGUUUAUCUAGUUAUCAGUUUUGUUAGCUUUGCAGUUUUGUCACAUCUAGGAAAGCCAUUUGUUCUUAUCUGCCUUUUUCCAAAUAAUGAUUUGUGAUGGUUAAUAUUCUCUAAAAUCGCUCUGUGUCUAAUCCACCGGGGCCAGCAGUCACUGUGGAUGCUGAUAGCAGUCAGACUCUCUGCAUUUGUAAUCAUGAAUUAUUCCAGUCUGCUCCCCAAGGCCACCUUUAGUUUUAAUUGUCUCAGCCUUGAGCCCACAUUGUUUCAGACUUGGUCUUGGUCUCUGACUCUGUCGAAGGUUGGCUCCACUUAUCCCCACCUAAUAAGAUAAUAUCAACCUGGAUGCAUUAAUUAGAUGGUUGGAGACAGUCUUUACAGGGUGUUCAUACAGCAUUUCUUUGGCCUGAUGCUUUUUGCCAACAUGAUCAGGUGAAAUUUAAUGUUAUCUUAAUCUGGAAGAAGAGUGCACCGAUAUAUUAGAUAGAGUCUGUUUUUGAGAUCUCUCAGUGGGAAAAAAUGUCUGAACUUUCAUAUAUAAAGAGUCCCAUUACGUUAAGCAAUCCACAAUGUAGAGUUUCUGUGCAGCUGUGUUGCACCUUCUUGUAACAUUUAUUUUGGUUAUGUGGAGGACAGUCAUUGAGCUCAUUUUAAGAUAACUUUCAUAGCUGUGAGGUGCAUUUAGGCCCAUCAUCUGUGACCAAUUCCCCCAGAAUCACUUCACCCACCUAUGCUGGUCACUUUUUUUUUUCUUUCUAAAAAGUGUAGUACUGUUGUCUGUGGAUGUAACUCUCUAAUACAAUGAGAAAUGAAAGUUGUUACAGUUUUUCUCAGUUGCUUUGGUGCAUUUCUCACAUAACUAUUAUUAACAUUUGCACAACAGUAAGUGCAAUUCUCAGAAAAAUUAGAACAAACUGCAAAACCUAGUUGAUAACCUGCAAAAGUGCGUCACUUGCUCAAAAUGAAUAGUUGAUUCCUCAAAAGCAAGUAUUCAUGUCAAUGAAACUGUCUGUGUCAUUAAAAUAAUUAGUCCAAACAUCAUUGUUCAUGAACACGACAGUCAAAUGGCUUUGUAUAAUAAUAUCAGAUCUUGGUGGCACUACCUGAAAAUGCUCAAGACAGCACUAUACACUACCUGUACAGCCAUUUGAAAACUGCAGUCAAGUUACACAUUACUGUAUUUAGUGAGGUAACUGAGUAAAAGACAUUUACUGCAUUUGCUCUUUGCUAUUCUACAGCUUUGUGCAAAAAAAAAAAAAAAAUAAAAAAAUCACAGUCACUUAUUUAGAACAAACAUACGAUUCACAGUGGUUCUCCCUACAUUUGGUUUUACCCGCCGACCAGCCUUAGCCAUAGUGAGGCUGUGAUUGACAACAUGGUCCACAAGUGUAGUCCUAAUUUCAUCAGGGAUUUGCCUAUAUACUUCCCCUCCUCUUCCUCUGCCCCGGCUUUGUCCCCUUCCCCUUCCUUCCCACAUUCUCACCCCUCCUCCACGACACUGACCUUCCAUUUUUGUGUCACAGAAUUGUAAAAAUGGUACACACUCUGUCCUGCUGGUUUACAUAUGCUUGCCAAGUGAGGGUUCAUGGGACUCAGCUCUGAGUGACUGUGGACAAGUGGCUUGUCAUCGUUUACAACUGAUGCUUCACGCAACUCCUCAUGAUUUAAAGCUGAGGUUCACCUGAACGCAAUUGGUCAAUUUAGGGGACAUUUUCAGGAAAAAAACACGAUAAAGGUAUGUAUGAAAUCAGCUUGACAGAUUUUGAAAACUGGUUCAACAAUUUUGUAUGUAAUGACUUAAGCAAUGAAAUGAGGACUAUUACUUUGAUAGGAAAUGACUAUUCAUCAUUCGUAAGUAUAGUUCAUUUUGACUAACAUGACAGAAGCAAAUGAUAAUGUUAUAAAACUGCAGAAAAUUGUAUCAAAGUAACUGAUAUAUGUCAAAGAGCAUUUGCAAUUUGUUCAGAGGAAUGAGAAACUGCUACGAUGAUGUAUACAAAUGACUCAGUGUUGUGGAGGUUGAACUAAUAGUUAUGAGAACUUUCAUUCUGAUCUGAGAAAUGAACCAAAGCGACUGAGAAAAACUGUAAAAAAGUGGUGCUGCCAGUCUGAUCCAAGUCACCAUUUAGGGGCACUUUUUCCUCAAAGCGCCAUCUUCAGGUUAAAAUGCUUUAACAUAAUAAUAAUAAUAAUAAUAAUAAUAAUAAUAAUAAUAAUAAUAAUAAUAAUAAUAAUAAUAAUAAUAAUAAACAUUUCAUGCAGCUGACUUAUUGAGUUGAAAUAAAGAGUAUAGGAGGUACUGUAUAUAUAUCGCCCUGUGAAGUAGACUUUCAAACACUGAUGAAGGUGUUCAAAAGGUCUCUGUUUUUAUGCUCACUUUUGUAGGUAUGUUCAAAAGUGGUGCCAAAAUAUCCAGGUAAACUGCACCAUCACUCAGCAUGGUGCUGGUUUUCAAAGGUUGACCUGUUCCAAGAAUCUUCAAACUCUCAUGUGUUUCAUCAGAAAUGGUGGAUCCAGGUUUUUCGAACACAGCUGUAUAUAAACGUUUUUUUUCUGUUCUCAUCUUUGGAAGUCACAGGUACUCUCCCUGUGUGUUCACUCUAAAUACUAAUAUAAUACUAAUGAUAAUGUCACCUAUGGCUUCAUGACAUGCUGUUUAACUUACCGCUCAGUCAUGAACUUCUUAUUUUGAGUCAAUCUGAAUGUCAACUGUAGACAAAGUGAUACUUCUUAUAUCUUUACUGAUCAUGUAGAAGUAAAAAGGUCGACAGUAUUAUUCGCCACUGUAGGGAAAGUAGAGUCUUUGUCUUCUAGGCUGCAGAUUCUGUGGUCUGACAUAGGUUUAAAAAGGUACAAAAUAAACUUUCAGCAUCAUCUCGUUGGAUUUUGUGCUUUAAGAUAUAUAUAUAUAUAUAUAUAUAUAUAUAUAUAUAUAUAUAUAUAUAUAUAUAUAUAAUAGAUAGAUAGAUAGAUAGAUAGAUAGAUAGAUAGAUAGAUAGAUAGAAAGUUGGAUUGAUGGUGAAAAAAUAGAUGGGUGGAUGGAUAUAGCUGAUGGAUAUAGAUGUAUCAAAGGAGGGAUUCACAGAUAAAUGAAAAGACGGAUGGAAAUGGUUAGAUAGGUGACAGAUAACUGGAUGAAAAGAUGGAUAGAUGGGUGGAUAUAUGGAUAAACUAAUUGGUGAAGAUGAUUGUGUACAUGGAUGAUAGAUGAAUGAAUUGAUACCAGAUAGACAAAUGAAUAAAAAAGAAAAUCAGGCUGAAGGGGGUUGGAUGGAUAGAUAGAUGGAUGGAUGGAUAGAUUAAUGGAGAUAGUUGACGAGAUGGAUGGUGGAGGAAUGCUUAACUUUGGCUCUGAUGGUGUUAAAGGAAGACAGUCAGAAUAAACAGUCAGAUACCCUUCAGUUUGACGUACCAAAUUCAGUGAAGGUGCAAUAAAGUGAAGGGGCCUCCUCCUCCUCCUCUUUAAAGUCACUCUUUGACCUGGAAAUCAAUGUUCAACAGAGUCCGUUUCUGAAAUGUAAUUACAGGCAGCUGAUACAAAGAGCGCUGUGACCCUGUGACGAGGUCUUUUUGUCUCGGCUGACUUAUUUACGCCUGCAGCUCUUAUAUCUUAUUGAUCACAGCUUGUCAUGUGUGUGAGAUGAGGUCCUCUGGUGUCGGCUCCAGCCAAAAUGCUGCUUUAUUGGAUUAUCGCUUUAAUUUGAUUUCAGGUAGUGACUCUGCAUAGCAAUGAGCUGUGGCUGCACUCUCUCUUUACCUGCCUGCGCUUCUUCCUCUUCCUCAUCCUGACCCCAGGUCAGCUGCUGCACACUCUCAAUUCAGCUCCCAACAUGGCAGCUCUGCAAAGGAGAAUAAACUUCAUUAUGUGUGUAGGGAAAUCAAAUAAAGCAGCAGACCAGUCUCAAUCAUAUUGCUGAAUAUAUAUUUUGCAUGUCUCUGGCGGUGGGAAGUCUGAGCUUUGAAUGUGGAGGAGGUUAUUCAAGUUUAUCAACCCCUAAGGACUGGACUAAAUUUUUCCUGGUUGGCUCCACAGUGCAUGGACUCUGCAGCCUCUAUAGACGUCUGCAAAAGCAAUAGAAGAGCUUUUCACUCAGGCUAGACUCCAUAUUUCCUGUUGUUAUUUUGCUUUAAGGUCUGUAGCUCUGGUUUGAUUUAGUUUUUUUUUCCCUAUUUGAAACAUUUGAAAAGCACUGUGAAUUUACUCUGUGAAAGAGGUCAAAACUUGAGUAACUCAAUUACCAGAAAGGCUGUGGGCAUGUUUAUGUUCAGUUAUUAUAAUUAUCACAUCAUACCAUGAAUAUCUAAUGAGUCACAGAGAAAGUACUUUGUUUUUAAUGCUCUUUCUAUGUUGAUGUCCAUAAUCAAAGCCAGUACAAGCUGCAGAGUCCUCCCUGUCUCUGUGUGUGGUAAAAAUUUCCCUAAAACUUCAUCCUGAUCAACUUGCGGUGAGGUGCUCUUCUCAUAUUUUAUGCUCCCCUUGCCAGUAAGAAUAACCUUUUUACCACCUUUCUGUGACCAAAGUUUUCGUUUGGCUCGGUUUCCACGUUGGUGCAAACAACUGGCCUCUGUUUCCUGUAAAGGCAAGACUUUCCGGCCGUUUCUGACUAUGAAGCUGUGAAAAAACUAACACCAAGAAUAUGCCUGAUCUGACUUUAUACUACUGCUGGAAAAGCAGCCAAAAGAGUCUCAGGUAGGGGCUUCAUAGAGCUAGAAUGAGGAUUUUCACAGGCACCACGAUGAGAUAAAGAAAGAGUUUUUGGAGCAGCUCAUUCAUCGCCACUAUAUAGGUGUACCAUACUGACAUUUACAUGCUGCCAUUUCUAAGGGGGUAUAUUUAUGUCUCUGUCAUCAGCAGUAUGUAAUCACCACAGGCUGAUGGUUGGUUAAAGUCGUGUGUGUGUGUGUGUGUGUGUGUGUGUGUGUGUGUGUGUGUGUGUGUGUGUGUGUGGAGCUUCUGAUUGCUGUUAACAAGCCAUGCCUCUUACAAUGCAAUUAAAUACAAUGCAUGCAAUUCAAUUAAUGAUGGUGAGAGUCUGAUCCCGGGCUGUUGCAGGAUUGCAGUAUAGAAACAACUAACUCAGCUUAUUUUAACAGUAAUUCACCCAGACUAAAAGAGUCAAUAAAGAUGUCUUCCUGCUUAAUCUAGGAUUGUACUGUAAAUCAAGGACUGAAAAUGACUAAAUAACUUUUCAAACAAGCCAAAAUAUAUUUUAUGUCUUAAAAUAAGAUUUUAAAUCUUAGUCCCAAAUUCUUUGCAGUGUAGUUAUACUUGAUUAUUAAUAGCUGUUGGAUCUUUGCACAUGGAGGGAAAGUGGUCUUGUAAGACCCCCCUUUGCACAUUUACUAAAUAAACACUUUUCAUUAUCUUUCUUCAGUUUCCUCUGUGUCUGAAUUACAUUACAAUUCAUCCAUGUUUGUGAUUUGUCACAUGUAUCUCACACACCCAAAGUAACUUAAAGGUUUUAUAAGCAGCUUCAUGGGACCAUUUAGCACGUUUAGUCUUCUUUGUCAUGGUUGGUAAAGCCGAAUACAUAAAGAAUACCUGAUGGGUGAUGUACUGGCUUGGUAGAUUAUACCCCAGGGGUGUGGUUACUAAGACCGUUGGUGUUCAUUCUUAGUCUUGGUACUUUGCAUUCUCUGGAUCCCACACAUUCAGCCGCACCCUCUUAAAAGCAGCUUCAUGGACACAGACAGAAAUGAAAACAGGAGAGUAUUUUAAGACAAAAGACGAGGCUGACUCGGUAUCUCUGAGGUUAACAUUCAGAUUAAAACUAAGUCGAAUGACAGCAAGAGUGUAACAGCAGUAUGUAGUAAAAGUUAAUAUCGCUAUGCUCACAAGUCAAAUGUUAAUGAGCUGCUCUCUAUUACAUCCCCUGAGUGCCCCGAAGGAUUACAGUCAACAUCGCUCUAAUCAAAACACUAAUUACAUGAAAUAAAACAGCCAUGGCAGACGCAACAAAAUGAACAGCUACUGUAAUUUCUCUUUAAUUCAGCUAAUGAAGACAUGCGUGUUUAUCUCAUUUUCAUGAUAUUUAAUGACUCACUGUUUGUUUUUCUUCAGGACUGAAGGAGCUGCAGGAACCUUUUGAAUAAUGAAGCAAAUAAGUCCAUAAAUUUUACGCACGCUGUACUUUGGGCUGAGUAUUUGCAGUGUGAAUAAUUCAAUGCGAUUUGUUUAAGUAAUAAUCCUUCAUAAUGCAUCCUUUACUGAGAGGGGGGAGAGACAGAAGGUGCAGGAGUGGUUGCUUAAAAGCAUUUGAGGCAGGGUGGGGAUGGUGGAGACGGCGGCGGCGGCGGGAGCAGUGGCGUGUGCUGGGGGAGUUAUUGCUCCACUUACUUUACAAACUGAAAAUCUCAUUAAGUGUGACACUGAAGAUUAGUUGAGAGGGACCAAAGUGGAGGGAGAAUGAACUCACAAAGGGGCUGAGAGGAGGCUUUGGCUUUGUUUGCCAUCAUUAAUUCAGCAUUGAAACAGCUCAGGGGGAAGCUGGGAGCCGCUGAUCAGAAGAGCUGCAGAUAUGACAGGCGAACAGGUGCCCCCUCUCCUCUCCAAACACUCUCCCUGUUUAGCUCCCCUCCUCAGGUCUUAAUUGAGGUGAGUUGUGUAUUUGGGCCAUCUGCGUGCUGACAAAAUAAAACCGGCUUUGAUUUAUGGUGCCUCGAGACGAAUUAGCGUCUGAGUUUCACCAGCAAGAACCUCAACUCUGCAUGUAAAUCCAAAACAACGAAAGGGGAACAGUUUCCAUGUUUUACUCGAAUCAGAGAUCAGAUGUGAGCAGGGAGUUUCUGUUUCAUCGUUGGAAAAUAAUCAUGUUACAAGAAGACGUCAUGCAGUGCAGACCCUGUUCUUAUUUACUGGAUAAACCUGCAAAACGACAUGAAUAAUAAAUUUUACAGCCUGUUAUUAGAGGAUAAGAGCAACUACCUCAGCCAUGCAGCGAGAGACAAAAGAGGGUUCAGGUUUCUGCAAGUAGACUUGAAUACUUUUCCAUCUGCUCAUUUUACAUUGAACAGACACUGAAUGAACUACGGAUACCACUGAAAAGACAACCAGUGGUUAAAUCGUCUUUGUUCAAACCAGAUUUCACCCAAAAAAGAAAUUUUACUUAACAGGAAUCUGUAAGUUGCAUAUCAUCAGCUGAAAUUAAAGCUCUGAAAAAUAUAAUUACAAAUCAGCCAGGAUAUAGGACAACGCGAUAGCCUCGUCACUAGAGCCAGUGUGGUGUGGACCAGGUUUUACUCUUGGGGGGUCCCGGUCAGCGUGGCUGCUAAGUUGAGGAACCAGUCGGGAGCUAAGUGAUCAUCUGCUGCAGAUUGGGUAAAUUUUUUGUAUUAUUAGUGGAUUUAACACAUACAUGUACAGGUACAGAGGAAGUCAGUGUUGUUGCUGGUGGUCUUGUUUGGGUUAGGGCUCAUGAAGAGGCUUCAGUAUUUAUUUCUGGUUUGUUGUCUGUUCCAUGACAACCAAAAAGCAGCUUACAGUGUUUUAAAGUCAUGGUUGUAUCGUCAGGUAAAAUAAUUUUACUCCGAUUCUUCUCCGAUGUUCCCUCUUUGCAACAGUUACAGUGCAACAACAUAAAUCAGCUACAUGACAACCAUAAACAUCAUACUGCCCACUAUGGCUUAGACAUGGUAUUGCAGGGUGAUGCAGCCAUGCCACAAGUAAAGAGUGCUCAUGAUGGAGCUGGCUACUACAGUUUAGAGUCAUGCAGUAGUAUGAACCAGACUUUUGACUGCAACGCCUCAUUCAUUUGCCCUCUCCUGCAUAUCUUCUAAUCAGGUUUGCUAGGUUUGUGUGCACACAACAGCUCCUGCUAAAUGCUGUAAAUUAAAUAUAUCCAUUCAAACUGAUGUAUGCACCACAAACGAGUCCUUUAAAAGCAUUGCUAUGAUCGCUGAAUGCAUCAACAGCAUAAAUAUUGACAUAGGACUGCAUAAGUGCUGCAAGACAAUCCUAGUGUUAUUGAGUGGGUUAUUAGAUUAAUAGUAUUUUAAUAGAAGGCAUAGAAAUAUUCCCAGCUUUGUUUUUAAAGGGCUGAAUAAAAGCACCUGCAUUAAAUCUGUGCCAGAGAUUGAAUAUAAAAGACGGGCUCAAAUAAAUCAAGGCAGAAAAAUAACGGCCAGAGCUUACAAGACUGAAACACACGCACACAGACACGCACACACACACACACACACACACAUACACACACAGGAGUCAGCUCUAAUGAUGUGUCCACAGUCUGCUUACAUGACCAUUAGGCAGCGCGAGUACAUGGGCAAACCGUGAUAUUCCAGCAGCACUUAGCAGCCGUGUGGCGCCAAGCACCAAUAGUUUAGCUCACAUUGUGUUCCUGCGGGUGUCGAUGGCUGUUAGCGGCCGUGUUUCAUGGCUUAUUCUCCCUGAGGAACGCUUUAUGAGAUGUGGACACACAGCCUCUGAAUGUGCUGCUCAAUGUAGCUGAGCAGAAAAGCCAUCAGAGGAUAGUUUGUAAUCUGUGUUAACCACAAAUGGCUUUCCCCCCAUGUGGAAUUUAUUUAGGCGGCACAUACUCCAGGAUUUCUGUUGGCUAUUUUUAGGCCUUUAUUUCAGCCUCUUACUUUACUGUUGUAAUGCUGCUCCUUUGACGAUGAAUAAAGUUCCUCUUAUGUGCCACGUAGAAUCUGAUCUUUGUAAACCCGGUCUGGUCCAUGUUUUUGAGUCUUAUCCUGUGGUACUUUGUACGCUGAAAGGAAACAUACAGCUCUAUUGUGUUUAUCACCCUCAUGAGCUGGGAGUUAUAGAGGUCUAUUUUUUUUUUUUUUUAAAUCCUGAACCCAGGGCUUCAGCAGUGCUUGGGCGAUCUCUUGACCCUAUAAAACAAUGAAACUGAAGGUGAAUUUCUGUGAACCACUGUUGAAACCCUUCUCACCCUGUUUCCGUUCAAGGCGUCAUCCGGGUUCAUGCUGGGUUAAAGCUGAAACUUUGGGAAAAAUCCAAACAGUCAUUUACUCUUAAUUAGUGAAAUCAGUCCUGACCUCUUGUGCCAUCAUCUGACCAUUUUCAAGAAGAAAACAAACAUCAACCAUGAGCAUCAGCAGGUAAUGCAGGAUUAAUGUCUCUGUGCAGGAGCUGCUGACCUUUGUAGUCUGCUGCCAUGCAAUAGUAAAUUUAAAUCAUCCCAGUCUGCAUCGACCUUUUUGGUCCAAAAUGCCAUUUUGAAAUCUAGAAGAUAGCUUCUGAACAGCCGAGAGCUCUGUGGACACUGUUAUCCAUCAUGAAGCACAGAUCAUGAAGCUACGUGGUGAUAAAUAAUGGUUAAGCUCAAAGUGUUAAAGAAAGAUUCCAGGUGGACUGCUGUCAGUGGUUGUUGUUUUAAUAUCUGAACUGAAUCUGAACUUAACAAAGCAUCUGGGGGACAACAGUGCUCUAUUAAUUCAUAAAAAAAUAUAUAUUGGAUCAUAUCAUAUAAAUCAGAUUAUAGCUUACUGAAUUACAUGACAUCAUUUUCAGCUAUCAAACUGUGGUGUGUUGUAACUUACAUAUUGUGUCAUUAUGCAUCCCAUUAUAUUCUAUCACUUUAUAACAUAUCCUGUUGUAACAUAUCAUAAUGUAUGAAAUGGUAAUGUGUUAUAAAUAUAAAUUUUAUUCUAUUAUAUUGUAUCAUAUAUUAGAUCACAUUGAAUUGUAUUGUAUACUAUUGCAAUGCAUGCACCAUAAAAUCUUGCAUCAUAUCUUUUUGUAUUAAUCUGUCAUAACCAGUGGUAUUCAUCUCAUUGUAUUGUAUUGAUUUGUAUCAAAUCAUAAUGUAUCCCAAAGCAUCAUAACAUACUGUGUUGUACCAUAGUGUACUGUUUUAUAUCAUGUAUUAUGUAGUCUUGUGCCAUAACAUAUCAUCAUGUGAUAUUGUGUCCUAACAUUUUGUAUUGUUUUGCAUUGUAACAUAUGACGGAGUAUUAGGGCCACAUUAUGAAAAAUAAAAUAAAAUAAAAUAAAAACAAGACUUCAAGAUGAAAGUCGUUAACUUGCGAGAAUAGGGUCAUCACUUAGGAGAAAAAAGUCUGAAUAAAGUCAUUACCUACUAGAAUAAAUUCAUAGCUAACAUUCUAACCUGUUGUUCAGAGGAGAGUUGUUUAAAUGAGCACUGUGAGAAUUUAGAUGAAUUGUACUUCAGUAGCUAUAGGUCUCCAAACAAGGAGGUACUAAAUCCUUUGGCGUUUCAGCAUCACAUUGUCAUACAUAUCAGGGCUGUAAAAAGAACAUACAAGAAAUGCAUCUUUUUUUCUGCAGAAAGAACCAGGCGGACUUGAAGGGCAUCACUGCUUUUGUGGCGGGGGAGAUGGCUGUGUAGAGGCUAAAUCUGUCAGUGUAGCCGUUUAUAAAACUAGCAAUAGCAUUGAGCUUUAGUUUAUCAUAUGAAUCUAUAUGCCGUAAGGUAUUGGUGUCUCUGCAGGUGUAGGUUGCUGCUGGCGUCAGAGACAGACAUGGUGUUAGUCAAAGCUCGAUUUUCUCUUAAUCACAAAUGUUGAUCAUCAGUUGGAUUGUCUCUUGAGUAACCACAAAAGCCCUCUGAAUGGCCCACUGACACAUCCACUGAUAACUCUGCAGUUGACCAGUUCCUACUUACUGUAUUGCAUUUUAUGAUCAUAUUGCAUCAUGGAAUCACACCGUAUCUUACACUAUUGUACAUCAUUUCAUAUAAUUCAUAUUUAGUAUCAUAUGUAAGGUCCUGUCAGAUUGUAUAGUCUGGUUUUGAGUUGAACCAUAUCAGAGUUCCAUAACGUAUUGUAUCAUAGAAUUCUGUAUCGUAUUGUAUAGGAUGGUUUUGUAUUCUAUAGUUUAGUGUUGCAUUGUAUCAUCAUAUUGUAUCAUUGUAUUAUAUAUAGUAUUGUACAUAAUUUCGUUUUGUAUCAUAUCUUAUCAUAUUGUAUCAUAUUAUCAUUGCAUCACAGUAUCAUAGUGAAUUGUAUCACAUUGUUUCAUAAGGUAUUGUUAAGUAUAACCACAUUUUUUAUUAUCUUGAGGUGAAGGGUAGAAGCAGCACUAAACAGAGAAUAUCUAAACUCCUAACCAGGAUCAUGUUUGUUUGAAUUUAAAAAAAAAAAGGUUAAUUGUCAGACUUGUCAAAAUCUUCUUCCUGGGUCAUCCUUGAAGUUCACAUGAUCAGCGUUUCAUCAGGAUAUUCCUCUUAAUAUCCCUGAGACAGGCUGAUACAGUUUUCCUGUGAGAUAAAACACUUUGUGAAGGAGCUGUCAGAUCUUUAAAGUCUUCAGAUUUAUUCCCUGAACUAAAGCUCGGUGUUGUCUUUGACUUCCUGAACUCUUGCUGACAACACUCACAUGGUGAAUGAUUAUUGUGUGAAUCCAACAGUCAAAAAAAGUGAUACCUCAGACAGAUGAGCAGAGUUCAGGGUGUAAAAUGAACAUCUUCUCAGGCUUUAUAGUGUGUUCAGUUAUCAGAGUACAGCCUGUGAGGGCUCAGUUUUCUCUUUUCUCUGCUGGACUGAAGGUUAAUUGUCCGCAUGUUCAGGGUCAAUCCUCCUCCUCCUCCUGUAUUGAAACGCUAAGACCCUCAAAUUUCCCUCUUUUUUCUCUUCCUCCUUUCUGUUUUUCAUUCUCCAGAGACUCUUUCAUUCACCACAUUGUGCUCCAGUUUUCAUUCUUCGCCUAGCAUUUUAUCCCAGCCCUGCUUUGCAGCUCCCUUGGCGUGAGGAUGAUGAUUGGAAACACUGAAAAGCGCGGGAAAAUCUGGAGCUCAUCUAAUCUCAGAUCUUUUGUUUUCUGUCCGAUUUAAGCCGACAGAUGAGCAGGGGCAGCCUAUAGAAACCAAAUCCUGGGUUGUGACUCAGUUUGACUCUGUUUUCUGGUUAUUGCAGCGCUUUAACACACAGCUAUGGUUGUACUUCCUGUUGUUUUUAAGAGCGGCUGAGUUUGGUAUGAGUUAAUACAAUCUGCCCUCUCAGACUGUUUCCAGCCCCAAUCAUUGAGUUGCAAAUUACCAGCCAGUCACAGCCCAAUGUGGAUUGCAAUGCAAGUGUUGUGAUUUGAUUUAUUGUCCUAUGCUUCAGCUGUUGGCUGUAAGAAAGCCACAUCAAUAACACCUGUGUGUUCAGCAAAAAGCGACAACUUAAUUACAAGAACAAAUGAAAGAAGUUCGAGGAUUUCUCCUGAAGAGAGCUCGUUUCAGAGCACUGCAGGGUGCAGAUGUGUUCUUUUUAUCAGAGCUUAUUCUGGACUUGAAGAUGUUGAGGUUUGGAUGUUCAAUCAGCGAGUUUGGAGCUGGGGAGGGACCGUGUCUUGGUUUAUGAAUCCCAUCACAUAUGCUGUUGAUUUUCUCCCCGAAUCUGCACUGUUGUUUUAGGGUGAAAUAUAAAAAGAAGAUGCUAUAAUGUCACCUUAUCUUUGCGUUUCAAAGCUUUGUUUUUGACACAUCACUGUUGCUUUCCAGUUUUAAUGUAAGUUAUUAUGGUAAAAGUAUUGAGAUGUUACAAAUGCUAGGUUAUCAAAUUCAUACUAGGGGUAAUUCACAUGUUUUCUAGUUUGUUGUUGUUGUUUUGUUAUGAAAUUAUUUUGGUGCAGCAUCUGACCACUACUCACCACAAAAGAAACAUCCCCAUGUCUAAACACAUAAAAGAAAAUACUCAGUCCAAUUUGACGGAAGAAAGAUCUCUGAAAGACUGCAUGCCAAUAAAAUCUUCUCAUGAGUGGUGAAAGUGCUUUAGAUCCUUAAACAUAUUUACUUCUGCUGUAAAGCUGUGCAUUUUUACAUGGAGCUCUAUAGAGACUCAAUAACUGGCUCAAAAACUGCUGAAUGUCAAACUCUAUACAUGACCUCUGCAUCACGAGAGUACCCAGAAUCCCUUUAGAGGUUUAAAUGGAGAAGCAGUGUACAAUGAAGAAGGUAAUACAGAUGAAUGUAAGGCAUUGUGAGGUUAAAAACGCGUUAUAAGCUGAGGUCAUUAACAUUUUAAAUUUCACAUACCUCAGCUAAAACUGCAGCUCCACAGACUCGCACUAAGUUUCUGGAGCUUUAGACUAAAAGCUUUAUUCUUAAUUCAUCUCAGCGAGGAGUGAAGUGAAACAUAUUUGCUUAUAAAGCACUUCACUUCAGUUGGAUUGAACUUUGACCCCUGAAUACAUGGAGCUUAAUUAAGAGAAAUCCCUCUUUUGAAUGUGUUUGAAAAUAUUGGUGCAGGUUUAGAAAGAAAUGAGCUCAGACUGCUGCUCAUCCUGACUCAAGGCCACACAGGACAAAGCUAGCAUGACACAUCAAAAUCCCAGACUGAACUGCUGCUGUCAAAGAGCAUUGUAGGUAGUGUAGGAGGGGGAUAGCUCUGGUAAACCUUUUAUAAGCCUAAAGACACAGGGGAGCUCUAUGAAGUGAGGUGGAGUUUGUUUUUCUGAGCAUUUGAUCUCUUCGUUUUCAAGGAGGAAGCAGAUAAGGGGGGUGCUGCUGAUGGACAUUAAUGAUGGUUAUUAAGAAGCUGCACUCUUCACACUUGUGGAGAGCUGUCUGUCACAGAGGAUGAUAUCCCACUAUUUUGCAUAACAAACAGCAGCUCCAUCUGCAGCCCAACACUGCAGUAACUAUCCAUGUACAUCAGUUUGGGGUCUGUUUUGCUCUUGCUUGGAAACAUUUAGCAUUUAAAGAGUUUUGGGUGUGCAAAACAACCUGACAUGUGGUUUAUUCCUGAAUGAAAGGGAGGGCACACGACCAUGGGCUAUGAAUGCAUGAAUGAUGAUGUCCUGAUUUCUGUUAACCCUUCUUGUGAAUAUGAUCCCUUUUGUGUUAGAGUUAUUGUGAAGCAGGUAUAUUUAUUUGCCGGCUUUAAGGGGCACAAGACUUUGAAGGACAUUCAGUGUACCGAUUUGUCUUCUUAUUUCCAAAUUGUGGACGUUUCCCAGUCCAUGUAGGCACCAGUGUUAAAGGGACAUAAUUAAGUCAUGGUCAAACACACUCUAGCACAGAGUUGCUUGCUUCUCUAGUUGUACCAACUUGAGUAACGACCACAAAUAGACAUUCACAGCGGUCUAUGGCUCCACAUGUAAACCUCAACCAAAAAGCCACUCUAAAGCCACAAAUAAUGCUCAGAACAGCACCUAACGUCAUCAACAGUACAUAUAGGGUCCCAGCCAUAAUACUAGCCAUCACACAGCUUUUUAGCUUUGCCUGAUUUCUUUAGCAAAGAGACCAAACACAACUCACCCAUUCUCCUCCAGCAGCCGCUUGUUUGUAGGGAGCUCUGACGAGUCGAUCACCAAGUGCAGCGGAUCAUUUCCUUGCAGUAAUAAUCAUCAUAAUAAUCAUUUUUCACUGCUGAUACAGUAGUUCUUCUGCCUUGGCAUCUCGGUCUGAUCGCAUUUUCAUGAAGUGAUGAUCAUAAAUCUUUUGGUUUUUGGUUGAAGUUUGCGUGUGGAGACAUUGACCGUUGUGUGUUGCUAUCAAGCAGUCGUUGCUGCAGUUGGUGUAACUAGAGAGGCGAGCAGUCUGCAAUAUUCACUUCUUAAGGGGGUGUCUAACUAGGUGUUACAUAGUGUUUGACCAUAACUUAAAAUUACACCGGAAUAUCCCUGUAAGAGGGGAACUAAUGCAUGAGUGAUUGAUCCAUCUUCACAAGACCUGUCACCAACUGUGAAUAUUUACAGUUGAAAAGUAAAAAAAGUCUCUCUCUUUAAGCUGCUGUCUACCAUCAGGUCCAACAACAAAGCAAAUUUAGAUAUAACCCAUUUCAGCAACAGAGCAAAUGAAAGAGUUUAAUGUAGGACAUUAAAAGAAAAUGACAAAGGUCAGAGAAACACAUUCAGAGAAUAAAUGUUAGAGUUGUUAAAACAGAAAGCUGAGAGAAAGUAAAAACAGCAAAAACAGAGGGUUCAAAUAUCACAGAGCCAGUUUAAAAUACUGCAUUAAAGUUAGCAUGCAGUGUUUCAUUUGCUGGUGGAACUGUAAAUGUGAACUUUUUCAUCCAUCCCUGGAUUGUUCUUUGAAAACAGCAGAAAGUCUCAAAAUAUCCACCAUACAUGUGGAUCAGGCCUAAAACUGUAACCUCUCAAUGUUAGGUUCAGACUCUGGACACAGGAGGCAGAGUGAUCUGGGAGUUCAUACUGUAGGAGAGUAAAGUUUAACUCUGAUCCAUCCUGAGUUUUAGAUUUGUAAAGUCCUCAUGAAUGCACUGAUGUGAUUCAGUUUCUGGGUUUUAGCUUGCUGGGCUUGCUGGAGUCAAAGUUGAAAGAAUAACAAAUUAUGUUUGAGAGAGAAAGUUAUCAUUUUUAAACAUUUGUAAGUAAAAAACAGUUGUGAUAAGAGUUUGGAUAGAAAACAUAUAAGAUUUGCUGAAUCUGACCUGUUUUCCUGAUCUAUAUAUAAAAUAAGAUGUUAUUUCAAAGAUUUUGCUCUGAGUUUCUGUAAAUGAACAUGCAGCUUUUACUUUGACUAAAUUACUGAGUUCAUAAAUGACCCACUUAAAAGCUGCAGAUUUGAAACACCUCCUCACACACAUCUCUGUUUGUGUUUUCUGCGCAGAGCAAUGAGAGAAACAUAUUUUUUUUAUUGCUCUGUCAAACAGGAAAUUACAGCUUUAAAAUGAUGGUCCUGUUUGUAACCCAGAGUAAAUAUAUUCUCAGCAAGUCAAGAAGGUUUCAGCUCCACCUCCACAUGCCUGUGCAAUAAAAGAUUUGAAUAGAGAGACAUUUACAAAGGAUGAAAAUUAUGUAUUGUUGAUUGUGCACAUUAUGAAACUUAUGGAAAUAGAGGCUGUUGGACAUCAUUUUUAUGGGGCAAUGUGCAAACUGUGCAGAAAUAUUCUGUUCGACUGUUCUGCGAAAAAGCUGGGCUGCAGCCUCAGUUAAAAUAGACGAACCAAUAAUCUUUAAAAAGUAUAGAUUUCUUUUCUGCAUAUGCAUCAACUCUUUUUUUUAUGAUUUAUUUAGCAUGCACAGUUGUUCAUUUCUGGGUCCAGCCCAUACCGGUAGGAAAUAGUCUAAUAUUGGCCUCAGUUUGAAAGAGAAUCUAAAGCAAAAGUCCUUUAAUAGUGCAUCAUUUUAGAUCUCCACCAGUUGCUUAAAGAUUUAUAACAGUGUUGAAGUCCACCAAAUGGAGGACCGAGACUACAAUAAAGGUCUGGUUGAAUAAUAGUCUCCUGUAAUGGCACAGUUAGGAUCCAAGCAGACUAUAAAUCAGGAUGUGCUUCAGAGUGAGGCCGGGCCAGAGUGACCGGUCAACCAAGACAGAUGUGAAGUUAUUUAUGACCACAGUCCUGUCCAGAUGUGACACUCUUGUCUGCAGAACAGCGAAGUGACAAUCACUGAGAUGUUAAACCAGAAGUCAAAACUCGACCACUGUGUGAUAUGACAGAGUUUCUGACCAUUGGUUUCCAUACAGUCUGCAGCCAAGCCUAAAAAUACACAAACACAGGGCCUGUAAGAUUUUGUAUCACCAAGCCAAGGAGUAAAACUUUGUGAUUUUACAUGACAAAAAUACUCCUCAGACAAAACAUUUGAACUGACAUGUAGAGUCAGGGCAUUGGCUCCUCACUCAGAUUGAUCAUCUUUGAUCCUGCACAAAGAAGCCAAUGGAUGUAUACUCUGCAAGAAUUUAUAUUUCCAGGAGGAAACUUCAUAUUUAGCUGUAGAGAGCAGACAGGAUGUAUGUUUCAGCGCAGCCUUUGCAGAGACCUUAGUAAAGACUUCACGUCUCCACUGGAUGGUUCAGACAGAGACAGUGCUGUUUGCCUUUCCCAGCAGUCUUUUCUGCCUUAGGGUGACCAACUGGCUGUCUGGCCGCUGGUCAGGUAUCUGCGAGGCUUGUGCUGGCCACAGUGCCGGCCAUGUUUACCAGAUGCACUGCUCCCUCAGGUGAGUGCACAACAGCUGGCAGCUCCAGGAUCCAGCAAACCCACUGGCUCUCUGCCCAAAACAUGCUGGACGAUGCUACAGCCUGAGAACUGCUCAGAUAAACAUGUCUGUAUGCACGGUGCAGGACCCAACCACCGGACAAGGCAAACAAUGAGCACAGAUAAGCAGAAAAAACUGAACACUCAUACACCACACUCCUGUACUUAAAGCCUUCUGCUUACAUUAGCAUGAUGUAGACCUGUGACCUUUGUUGAACAUAUUUGCAACCUGAGCAAAAUUCAGAUUAACCAACUGUGGAUCAAAACCUCUAAAAGCUGAAGAAAUUUGAUUCUGAUUGGCUACAAGGUAUCUGCUGCCAUCCAACUUCUACAAAUUAAGUCCAGUAAAUCUGCCUGAUUAAAGAGCUCAAUGAAUGCACCGGUCACAAAAACAUAAGAAAAAGAAAACUUCUAUUUUUUGUUCCCAUCUGAAACAAUCUACUCAAUAAUUCCGAAACAUUUUUUAUUGUUUUCCUUUGGCCUCUAAGGGCCUGAUCUACAAAUUAGUGAGCACAUGUCCAAAAAAAAAAAUACAUGUGUUAUUCGUGGACUUGUUGUGGGUAAUCUAUUAUCAUUGUGUGCACAAUUGAUAACAGGUGCAAAAGUGUUGCAGACCAGCCUAUUGAAAUGAAGAUUUUGUGUGAGCUACCGGCUGUCAUCAUGGAGAGUUUGUGAGAGCAGAGUGGCUGUAAACAAACAAUGAAGUUUGAGGCCAUGCAGUUAUACCUAUCAUUUUGGGAAGGCAUCAAAGCCGUGUUUUUUUUUUGUCAUUGUGACUUUUCCACCAAGUGCCCUCGCCAUCUCACAUCCACUCAUUCAGAGCCAUCCAGAGGUCUGCUGGGGUCUAGACCUGUUUCAGACAGUCAUGCAUCUUUCUCAUGCUCAUACUGAUAGAAAGCACAAUUAAGUGCUGGUUGAAGCUCAUUCUUUCAAAUGCUGUAUUGUCGAAACUUCUACUUGACCCAAAAACCUAAUAACUCAACCUCUGUAUCGGCUAUAACAGGGACUUUAAAGAUAGACAUUCAAAUAAAGAUACGUCCAAAGGAUUGCAAAAACAUUUGGCUUUUAAUGGUAUAAGUCUUUGUGGUACAACGUACGGGUUAGAUACUGGUAAGUGGGAAUUGCAAAACUAUCCAUAAUAAAAUCUGCUCAUGGCUGAAUUGUUGCCUCAAAUAUCUUUAUCUGCUUCAGGCCUGAUUUUCAAAACUGGUGCAUCUCAAGUGUAGGGACAUAAACCCGCUCACACCGUCUAAAGCAGCAUCAAAAUGCAUUUAUCAUUUCAGCAUUGUCCAGUCAUCUGAAUAGACUCCUUUUUAAAUGUGUUGCUCAGAGACACACAGUCCACUGCAGGUAGAAUUAAAGGAUCUGGUAUUCAGCCGUAGUAUUACCAGCUUGUGUUUCAUUUCCACAGCUGACUUCAUGUGUGAGGACUGAAUUUCUAUGAGGAUUAAAAAUGCUGUAAAAAAGAAGAAUCCCCUUAAAGCAUCUUAAGCUCUUUGUCUCUUGUUUUUAUGUUCAGUUUUUCAUAAAUACUGUGAGAGAAGAGGUCUUUUCCACAUCCUCUUCACAGGCAGCCUCAUUAUCAUGAAUCCAUCCCAGUGUAAUCCUCACCCUCCACUAACCUGGGCUGUUCUUCAGCAUGAGGAGGCCACCUCACCUGUUUGAAUAGGAGAUGAUUGCUAAGUGUGUCUGCCUCGCACAGCCGAGAGCUCUCUGAGUUUAACCCCUCAGGCUAAAGAUAGAUCCUCUAAGACCCUCUUCAGCUUCUCUGAGUGGGCUGUUAGCCUCACUCGGCGGCUUUUUGUUUCUUCUGCAAGUCUCCUCAAGAGCAGGCUCCCCACCGACUGACUGGUUUAGUACUUAGCAACCUGUAUUUAGUGUACCAUUAGUUCUCUACAUGAUACAUUUUUUCUGAAUGUCACAGUUUUAUACAGCUUCAUUCAUUGUUUUGUAGCUGUAAAAUACAAAGUUUGGGGACUUGGGGCCAUUAUGACAUUACUGUUAUGUCUUGUCUUUGAUGACUUACAUUUCAAAAUCCCAGCUGUUUAUAAAAGAGUCAACAUCAUGUACUUGAGGAGAAAAAUCAUUGAUUUUUCACUUUUAAUCUCAAGAUAAGUACACUACAAGAAAUUGUCCUACUAUCAUAGGGUCUUCAAUUUUCUUCCCCCAAAUCCUAUUGACUGUUAAAUUUACCAUGACAUCCACAGCCAGUCUACAUACAAAUAUACCAGUAUAUAUAACUGGUAUAAAUAUGCCAGCAUACAUAACAAAGAAUGUUACACACUCAACAAAUCAAAAUCUGGGAUGUCAGAGAAAGUUAGGAAAAGUCGGUAACCCCAACUAUGACCUCGGUUUUCUCACAGUCUCAGAGUUAUAGAGAAACUUUUUGGAAAUAUUUGUGCAAACUGAUGACACGUUCCACUCAGAACCACCACAGACAGUUGGUUAUAUUCUGUAGCCAUAAAUGUAUGUGUGAACCUCAAUACCAACUCAUCCUGUUAUUCCCAAAAGACAGCCAUUAAAUACUCCAAAGUUAUGUGAUCAAUAAAGACUUGCACCCUCAAGAGUCUUGACCUCUUGAGGGGGUCAAAGUGGCAGAAAAAUUGUUUUAUGAAGGACAAGUUUAACCAAAAAGACUCAAGGGUCAAACAUUAUUCAUCUGAGACUCCAACCCUCUUUCUCUAGUAUUGUUCACCUCUAAUCUAAAACCACAGUCCCCUCAGAGUCAUGUCUUUAAUUUCAUUCUGCCACCCAGCCUGCAACUUACUUUACACCAGGAGUAUAUUCUCCUCUAUAACAGUAUGUGAAAAGCUUUCUGUGUGUCCCUGUGAAGCUGAGAGACUCGCUGCGGUGUGAUUCAAUUCCAAAGGCCGACUGAUUGGUUGCGAAACCUUAUUUUCAAAGUAUUGAUCCUGGGAGCAACAUGUAAAAUGCCAAAACUUCAACAAGACGGAUCUGCUGUCACGUCUUACAGUAUAAGUCAGGCAAUCAGUGUCCCAUACCUCCACCAGGGGCCUGUCUGAGCCUAAUUCCACUCAUUGCUGCUAAAUAGUGAAAACCCUGGGGUUCAUCAAUCAUCAAUUCAAGGAGCUCUCUUUAGUUAAUAGCCCAGUCUUUACUGGCUGAACUGCCACUGCGUUUAUCUGUAAGAGCCGGUAGAUAUUGCCUGUAUUAGACAGAAAGAGGAGAUAGGAGCAGUAUGUUUUCUCUGAUUGCUGUAUUCUCCUUCCUACUUGGCUUGCUGCACUAAAAUCCCAAUUUAGCGCAGCGCUAUCAUGAUCCCAAAUUGAAGAUUACAGUAAAGAUCGGCUCUCACUUUCCCCUAAGGAGUAUAUUUGAUUGGUCAAUUCUGUGGAAUAGGGCUCGCCUGAAUGUGGAAGUCAAUAUUUCCUGAAUGAGAUAGAUAAGUAUUACCUUGUGGUGCAUCAUCUCUCCAAAUACAUAGGCUAGUUCUUCAGAAGGAGCAUUUCAGGGCAUUAACUUCAACCUUUUUCCCACCACCAUAAAAUUCCUCGAGGCUCUUGAAUGGCAUCUACUAAAGAUUCUGCAAUAAGGAAAUAGUGGCAGUACAACAAAUGACAUUUUAGACAAAUUUCUGAAGGGAUAAAAUCCUCGCACAGAAACACAGCUUUAGUGACAUCACCUGUUGGUUUCUGGUCCCCAACAUAUAUUAUAUCUGAAGCUGCUCUGUUGUGUACGUCCGAACUUCUUCACACAGCAUUUGAUCAGUUAAACAUUGCUCAUACAUAAUCAGGGUCCACCUCUGAAAACAUUCAUGUGCCUAUUUCUCUACUACAGUCAUAGCGCCACCCUGGGGAAAUAUAUGGUACUAACCCUUUACAAAUGACAACCAGUCUUUUUAAAAAUUUUACAGGUUUGAUGGUGGCAGCUGCCUGAGCUGAUUAACAUACAUGGUUUAGUCAUAGUAUUAGUGCCACCUAUUGUACAUAAGAGGUAUAUGCCAUCAAUUUUUAUGCUUUUUGAAUACACUGACAGAUUACUGUCUGUGUGCGAUAAAUUAAACGCUCACUCUGACAGUCUCAGUCUGUAUGGAUCCAGAUAUUUAGUUGAUGGAGAUUGAUAUGACCUAUUCCUGCAAAGCCAUAGCUGUAGCACAGGGACAUCCUGCAGCGGUUUCAGGCCACAUAAUCUGCAGAGGUGCAAGAGCCCAUUCUUUACCACCAACGGCUCUGCUUUAUUGUGGUUUUCUUGUCUUACUUUGGUCAACAUUGGUUGCUUUUAGAUGUUUUUGGAAGUUUUACUUGACUUGCUGACAGUUGUUUGUCUCUCCUCCACAGGUAACAAGUGCUCAUGCCUCAAAGUCGGACAUUGUCAAGUCAGGCAGCCCCAAAUCCACACUAAAGCAUAUAUGGACAGAAAGCAGUAAGGAUAUGUCCAUCAGUAGGCUGCUGUCACAGACUCUACAAGGAAAAGAGAACAGCACAGCCUUGGACCUUCGCUAUGACACUCCAGAGCCCUACUCUGAGCAGGACCUGUGGGACUGGCUGAGGAACUCCACGGAUUUGCAGGAUUCACGGCCGCGGGCCAAACGGCGGCCAAUGGUCAAGACAGGGAAGUUCAAGAAGAUGUUCGGCUGGGGGGACUUCCACUCGAACAUCAAGACGGUCAAACUUAACCUGCUGAUCACUGGAAAGAUCGUGGAUCACGGCAACGGCACCUUCAGUGUCUACUUCCGUCACAACUCCACAGGUCAAGGUAAUGUGUCCGUCAGCUUGGUACCUCCCACUAAGAUAGUCGAGUUUGAUGUGGCGGCGCAGCAGUCUGUCAUCGACGCCAAGGAUUCAAAGUCCUUCAACUGCCGCAUCGAGUAUGAAAAGGUGGAAAAGGGCGCCAAGAACACACUCUGCAACUUUGACCCAUCCAAGACCUGCUACCAGGAGCAGACCCAGAGCCAUGUCUCCUGGCUCUGCUCCAAACCUUUCAAAGUCAUCUGCAUCUUUAUCUCCUUCUACAGCACCGACUACAAACUGGUGCAGAAAGUCUGCCCGGACUACAACUACCACAGUGACACUCCUUACUUCCCCUCUGGCUGACCUUCCUGUUCCCUUCCUUCAGGAGAGUGGACGAGUAGAGCACAGACUGGGGCUUCUUCCCACACCAGAGAAAUGUGUUUGUUAGCCGUACUAUCCCCAAACAUGUCCAUACCACAGCGUCAAACAAUUUUCCCAAUUUCAUGCUCUGAUUUCUGAAGAGACGGUGUUUAUUUGACUGUUGAGGUGGUUUACGAUUUUAAAAUGCGCUUUGUGAAUUUUAUCUGUUAGAAAUUUGUUUCCUACCUCUGGUUUAUCCCUGUUGAACCAUGUGUAGAUAGCAGGGGCUUCGUAGUACCUCUGGGACUGUUACUUCUGUUCAACCUCUCCCCUUUUUCUUGUCUGGUCAUGUUGAGUUCAAACUUCUUUUCCAGCUUGGUGUUUAUUUAUUUAUUUGUUUUUUUUUGUUUUGUUGUCUCCUAUAAUUAAGCAAUGAUGCAUUAUCUCUCUGGAUAACAACACACGGACUGUUUACCCCUGCUGUGCUAUCAAUGCUCUGCAGUUUACCCUGCAUAACUGGAAACAGAUUUAACUCCUCAUUUAAAAAAAAAAGGAAUAAAAAAAGAAUAAAAUCCUCAGAUAUUUCUACCAAACCUGCAAGGCAGCUGAAUAGGACAGAGAUGAUUCAAAGGUUGGAAAUCUAAGGUGGUUGUACCUAAACAUGGCUGAGCUGGCUCCUCCUCAGACCGUCGAUCUCCAGCUGUUGUCAGAGUGAUAGUCCAGCUGUUGUUGAGUCUGUUAGGUAAUUGGUUUGUUCUCAGCUGAUUGAAUGUCUGAUCAUGACUGUUGAUCUUUUGGUGGUUCGUUGGGGGAAGGGGCUUGCUCAUUGUCACUUACUAUAUCAAAUGUAAUGUAUUGAAUUCUAUAUCUUAGAGCCUAAUUUGUAUGAAUGGUUUGUAUUGUACAUAGUUUACCCCAAUGCGCUGCUUCUGUACAUGAACCCCAUGAGCUGUGUUUCCCUCUCGUUCACUCCAUUUAUGCUCGUUCUUGGUUCCUCUAACAAAGAAAAUGAUGUUGCUGCCCUAGAUGUGAAUUUCAUGAAAACAGCAAUCCUGUACAGAAGCUGUAAAACUGACUAAAUAUAUUAAAGUAUUCCUUGGAAGUUUCUUUAUUAAGGGGUUGGGGUGGGGCGGGGUUGGAGAUGUACAAAUGAAUUAAAGAAUACAGUAAAUUUUAUCAAUUCAA